GGAAGGCUCACCGCUGGUGCUGGCACUGCCUGGGAGUUCUGGGAGUUAUUUCCGAUGUUUAUAAGGGGAACGUCCCUACUGGCUGGUUUCCACCUGGACUGUAUUAGUGGGUGCACCAGUGGAAGCUGUCUGGGUCUGUCUGGGUCUGUGCUCAUGGUGACCUCCUGGAGAUGGCGAGUUACAGCAGAACAGCCCAGGUACAUAAACACCCCGAGCAGGAAAUCACUGGGAGUGUGAUACAUGGAAUAUCUCACACAGAAUGUAGAGCCCUGUCACAUAUCACAUGGAAUAUCUCACACAGAAUGUAGAGCUCUGUCACAUAUUACAUGGAAUAUCUCACACAGAAUGUAGAGCCCUGUCACAUAUCACAUGGAAUAUCUCACACAGAAUGUAGAGCUCUGUCACAUAUUACAUGGAAUAUCUCACACAGAAUGUAGAGCCCUGUCACAUAUCACAUGGAAUAUCUCACACAGAAUGUAGAGCUCUGUCACAUAUUACAUGGAAUAUCUCACACAGAAUGUAGAGCCCUGUCACAUAUCACAUGGAAUAUCUCACACAGAAUGUAGAGCUCUGUCACAUAUUACAUGGAAUAUCUCACACAGAAUGUAGAGCCCUGUUACAUAUCACAUGGAAUAUCUCACACAGAAUAUAGAGCUCUGUCACAUAUUACAUGGAAUAUCUCACACAGAAUGUAGAGCUCUGUCACAUAUUACAUGGAAUAUCUCACACAGAAUAUAGAACCCUGUCACAUAUCACAUGGAAUAUCUCACACAGAAUAUAGAGCCCUGUCACAUAUCACAUGGAAUAUCUCACACAGAAUGUAGAGCCCUGUCACAUAUCACAUGGAAUAUCUCACACAGAAUAUAGAGCUCUGUCACAUAUCACAUGGAAUAUCUCACACAGAAUAUAGAGCUCUGUCACAUAUCACAUGGAAUAUCUCACACAGAAUAUAGAGCCCUGUCACAUAUCACAUGGAAUAUCUCACACAGAAUAUAGAGCCCUGUCACAUAUCACAUGGAAUAUCUCACACAGAAUAUAGAGCUCUGUCACAUAUCACAUGGAAUAUCUCACACAGAAUAUAGAGCCCUGUCACAUAUCACAUGGAAUAUCUCACACAGAAUAUAGAGCCCUGUCACAUAUCACAUGGAAUAUCUCACACAGAAUAUAGAGCUCUGCCUGUCACAUAUCACAUGGAUUAUCUCACACAGAAUAUAGAACCCUGUCACAUAUCACAUGGAAUAUCUCACACAGAAUAUAGAACCCUGUCACAUAUCACAUGGAAUAUCUCACACAGAAUAUAGAGCCCUGUCACAUAUCACACGGAAUAUAGAGCCCUGUCACAUAUCACAUGGAAUAUAGAGCCCUGUCACUAUCACACGGAAUAUAGAGCCCUGUCACUAUCACACGGAAUAUAGAGCCCUGUCACAUAUCACACGGAAUAUAGAGCCCUGUCACAUAUCACAUGGGGUGCAGAGCCCUGGCAGAUAUCACAUGGGGUGCAGAGCCCUGGCAGAUAUCACAUGGGGUGCAGAGCCCUGUCUGUCACAUAUCACAUGGGGUGCAGAGCCCUGUCUGUCACAUAUCACAUGGGGUGCAGAGCCCUGUCUGUCACAUAUCACAUGGAGUGCAGAGCCCUGUCUGUCACAUAUCACAUGGAGUGCAGAGCCCUGUCUGUCACAUAUCACAUGGAGUGCAGAGCUCUGUCUGUCACAUAUCACAUGGAGUGCACAGCCCUGUCUGUCACAUAUCACAUGGAGUGCACAGCCCUGUCUGUCACAUAUCACAUGGAGAGCAGAGCCCUGUCUGUCACAUAUCACAUGGAGAGCAGAGCCCUGUCUGUCACAUAUCACAUGGAGUGCAGAGCCCUGUCUGUCACAUAUCACAUGGAGUGCAGAGCCCUGUUUGUCACAUAUCACAUGGAGUGCAGAGCCCUGUUUGUCACAUAUCACAUGGAGUGCAGAGCCCUGUUUGUCACAUAUCAAAUGGAGUGCAGAGCCCUGUUUGUCACCUAUCACUUGGGGUGCAGAGCUCUGUCUGUCACCUAUCACAUGGGGUUGCAGAGCCCUGCCUGUCACAUAUCACAUGGGGUUGCAGAGCCCUGCCUGUCACAUAUCACAUGGAGUGCAGAGCCCAGUCUGUCACAUAUCACAUGGAGUGCAGAGCCCAGUCUGUCACAUAUCACAUGGAGUGCAGAGCUCUGCCUCAUAUCACAUGGAGUGCAGAGCUCUGUCUGUCACAUAUCACAUUGGGUGCUUUUUUAAAAUAAUUUUCUGGUUAAAUUUUUUUUUUUUUGUGGAAGAUUAUUGCAUCAAGUAUUCCAAGUGUACCACUGUUUCUGUAUUUAUUGCUGUGUGUGUGUCACUCUGGUGUAUGCUGCUGGUAAAACAAACUUGCAUAUAUUGAUUGUAAAUAGCACGUUCCAUGAGGAACAUUAUUCAUUGUGUACAGAAACAUAUAUACUGGUGUAACGGAUCACCUGGCACCCUGACUGGGUAACUCCGCUAAAGGAUCACUUCCAAGCUGGAACAGGGGACAAACCCGCAGCACUACUUGCCCUCAGUCGCUGUAGCUUGACUGGGGCCCUGGAACCGCCACUUCCUUCCUGGACCCGAAGGGAAAAUUAGCUCUGACACCUCCAGGCACUGGACGACACUGAGUCCUGGGAACUCUGGAACCGAAUGGGGAAUUAGCUUUAGUCCUUACAAGGACUUUCCCCGUUGAAUCUCUGCAAGCUGGAUCAGCACACACUUUUCCUCCAAUAACUGGACGACACACAGUUUUGGAGUGUAAGCAGGAAUCUCAAGUUUAAUGGAACACACUGGCCUUUUAUACAAUUUUCCAGGCCAGAGGAACACCCCCUGGGCCUGAUGGGGCACAGGAACACAAAGGACAUAAACCAAUCAGAACAAACAUACAGUCUGUGACAUGUACAGCACACAAUCCCUCCCCUCUGCUUAGGAGAUAAUUGAGUAAAGUCCUGUUAGUAACUAAAUUAUCUCCAGGCAGAAAAACCACAUUUUCACAAAGUUCAUAAAGUAACCCAAAAUCCAACAUAUCCCCAUAAAAGUCACAUCCCCUGAUAGCCCCGAUCUGGGUGAACAACAUCCAAAAAUCACCAAGAUCGGUUCAAGGGUUCUGGAAUUUCCUGGAAGUCAUAGUUUGGACUGACCGCAAGCAUGGGCCCAUGCCCAAAACAGUUACAGGGAACUACCAUUACAUCACCUAACCCCACUCCCUCCACCACUCUACACUCAUUCACACCUGCUACAGCAGAAGAGGUUUCGGCUCUGCUCCGGUCCACCCGCCCCACCACCUGUUUUCUCGAUCCUAUUCCUUCAUAUCUCAUGCACACUAUGUAUCACUCUCUUGCUCUUCCCCUCACUAGAAUUUUCAGUCUCUCCCUUUCCUCUGGCACAUUUCCCUCACCCUUCAAACACGCAACUGUAACCCCAAUUCUAAAAAAGCCCAGUCUUGACCCCAACUCCCCAUCCAACUACCGCCCUAUCUCGCUACUGCCAUUUGCCUCCAAGAUCCUCGAGAGAGUUGUGUACACCAGACUGACUGACUGACUUUCUCGAAACCAACUUUCUGCUUGACCCCCUUCAGUCUGGAUUCCGCGCUGGUCAUUCUGUCGAAACGGCUGUGACCAAAGUAUCCAACGAUUUAAUUGCUGCUAAAUCUCGCGGCCAUUACUCUAUCCUAAUUCUCCUUGAUCUUUCUGCUGCCUUUGACACUGUUGAUCAUCAACAUGUUCUUCGCAUUCUCCGUAAUUUUGGUCUACGGGAUACUGCUCUCUCCUGGUGCUCCUCCUACCUCUCCCAGCGCUCUUUCAGUGUUUCUCUGACUCUGCCUCUUCCCCCAACCACUCUGUCCACGUCCCCCAAGGUUCUGUCCUUGGUCUCCUCCUGUUCUCUAUUUACACUGCCUCCCUUGGUAAACUCAUCAGCUCCUUUGGCUUCCGUUAUCAUUUCUAUGCGAAUGACACGCAAAUCUACCUGUCCUCUCCUGAUCUCUCUCCGCCCGUCUUCACUGACUCUCUUCGAUUUCCAAAUGGAUGGCUGCUCACUUCCUUAAACUCAACCUGUCCAAAACAGAACUUCUGGUCUUUCCUCCCUCAAGUGUUACUACCCCUGUGUCUGUCUCCCUCCAAGUCAACAGCGCUACCAUCACCUCUACCUCGCAGGCUCGCUGCCUGGGUGUUAUUUUUGACUCCAACCUCUCCUUCACCCCUCCUGUCCAAUCAAUCGUCAAAUCCUGUCGCUUCCAUCUCAAAAACAUAGCGCGCAUCCUCCCCUUUUUUAACCCCGCAUGUGGCUAAGGUGCUGGCCCAUGCUCUUGUUCUCUCUUUCCUGGGCUACUGCAAUACUCUUCUCAGUGGUCCUACGUGUUCCCAGAUUGCACCGCUGCAAUCUAUAAUGAAUACGGCGGCGAGGCUCAUUUUCCUGUCCGCCCGUACUUCUCACGCCUCCCCGCUCUGUCAGUCCCUGCAUUGGCUUCCGGUUAGAUAUAGGGCUCAAUUUAAAAUUCUGGUGCUUGCUUACAAGUCCCUAGAUAAUGCUGCUCCAACCUACCUAUCCUCCCUAAUACACAAGUAUGUCCCAUCGAGGCCCCUACGCUUUACCAAAGACCUAUGUAUAUCCUCUGUCUGUACUCCCACCUCUAACGCUCGCCUCCAAGACUUUUCCAGGGCUGCAGCUCUUCUGCGGAACUCCCUUCUCUUCUCUGUAAGAAUUUCACCCAGUCUCCACUCAUUCAAAAAAUCAUUGAAAACUCACUUCUUCAAGAAAGCAUAUCAAUUAAACUGUUAGCAGGUUUUCAUCCCCCACCCUCCAUGACUCCUCCCCUGCAACUGUCAAAAAUUACCAACUAAGCCCUCAAUUAAUACUUUUCUAACAACCUACUUUGUACCCCUACUUUUACCCUUUGUGCCACUAUACCCCACUCCCUCUAGAAUGCAAGCUCAUUGAGCAGGGUCCUCCACUUCUCUGUUCCUGUACGUCCAGUUGUCUGUUAGUCCACCCAUUGUACAGCGCUACGGAGUCUGAUGGCGCUAUAUAAAUAAUAAAAUAAUUAAUAAUAACAGGUUUAAGUUUGGUAGUCUUUUACAGGUUUCCCUGCAGGGCCCAUAGUCCUCUAGGAGCUCGUGGCAAACUCACUUGAAAAAGAAGUUUGUCACAACCGGUUUAUUGAUAUUUAUGUGUUUAUUUCACAAUUUGAUGAUUUAUGUGAUCACUUGCUGAUUGUAUACUGAAACACAUGCACAAAUAACGUUGACAGAUGUAAGUGCUUUCCACACUUUUGGUUAUUUUUAUUCUGAGUACUCUAACUUAGCAUUAAAACCAGUUUAAUGCUGAAUGGACGGAUGGUGCCAGGAGACUCCAGACACCAUAACCACUUUAAUGAGAUGAAGACAGUUCCAGUUCCUACCGUAUCCCUUUAACUUACCACUAAUCCAGUGGUGAGAGGGUUCAUCGGCACAGCAUCAUUCUGCCUCCAGGAAAUCAUCACAACUAUUGCUUCUCCUAGAAAAACAUUGGAACGCAUGUCACUGUGCAGCAAUUUGCCGUCAUUAAUAGAAAAACCUUGAAACCAAUAGAUCGAAAGCCUGGAGAGUGAAACAGCAAAAGCCAAAAACAAAGCCAGUUUCGAUGAGAAAGUGUGAACAAUGUGCUAAACUGUAAAGCAAGCAAGCUCAAGUACUUUAGUGGUUUGGGGUAUAUCUUAAAUUCUUUUAACUUAAACAUAUUUUAAUAUUUUGAGUUAUUUUUGACCACUCUAUGGAGUUAAGAAUAACUCCCCAAUACUUAGCUUUCAAACUGAUGCUCUUUAUUGCCUUUUUAAUGAUGGCUUGUACGGAAAUUGAAAAUUGUCUGAAAGCAGAUUCAUUCCAAUUUUAGUACCCAAUUUGUUGUCAAAUAGUGACCGAUUCUGGAAAAAAAUUUGUAUUUGGUUGUGCAUUUUUAUAAUUCGAUUUGUAUUUCAGCUGAUUGGUUGCAUCUUCAUUUCUACGUAUUGCAAAAUCCUGACAUUGAAAAAUCUUGAUAACAGUGUCCGGAGUUUGCAUUCCACGUGUCCCCAGGUGGACGCAGAUUAUUUUUGCUAAUCCAGACCGGGGCAUUUGUCGUUCUAACUUUUUUUUGCUCAAAUGUUUUCUUUCUUUUAUUAUCAAUACAGGCAGAACCUGAAAAACAGUAGAUUUAAUAACAAUAAUUAUGAAAUUGUGUUUUUGCAUACUCCCUGGGUAUCAGGUGUUGUGUGUGUGUUUAAAUUAUAAUGCAUAAUAAGAUGAUUUAUUCAUAAUAUUUUACAAACUUUUCAACAUUUUGUAUUUUAUGAGAAUAAUGACCUAAGUCUUUUUUCUUUUUGGUAAAGCAAUGGGCAACCUUUGCCAGGUCAUGGUACCUUAUUGAUGGAAAAAUGCAACCUCCUGGAAAAAUCGCAUCUCUCUGCGCUGUCCAUCUUAAAGGGAAACACAAGCCAAUGUACCACGCACUGAGUGAGUAUUCACAUACAUCUCUCCACCAUAUUUCUGGUGUUGUAGUGGUCAGUUCCAUUCCGAGUGACACAGGAAGGGCUUUAGGUACAUAAGUGGGAUUAAUACUCUAGAGAUUUCUAGGGCUGCUGUAAGCACCCAUAAACAGUGCUCUGUAAUGGUUUUUGGUGCAGUUUAAAUACACCUAGACUUACAGCAUUUUAUCUUGAUUAGUUUGCACUUUGAUUAUUUUGUUAUAUACAGAUACCUUUUUGUUUAAAUGGAUACUCCAACCAAAAAGCAAUUUUUUAUGAACUGUUUUUCAUUGUUGCAACCCUUGUUGGCAUGAUCCCCCAACCAUUUUUUAAAAUUUAAAUAAAAGAAAACUCACACGUACUUUAAAGGACCACUAUAGUGCCAGGAAAACAUACUCGUUUUCCUGGCACUAUAGUGCCCUGAGGGUGCCCCCACCCUCAGGGUCCCCCUCCCGCCCGGCUCUGGAAGGGGGAAAGGAGUAAAAACUUACCUUUUUCCAGCGCUGGGCGGAGAGCUCUCCUCCUCCGAUCCUCCUUCUCUCCUCCCCGUCGGCUGAAUGCGCACGCGCGGCAAGAGCUGCGCGCGCAUUCAGCCGGUCACAUAGGAAAGCAUUAUAAUGCUUUCCUAUGGACGCUGGCGUGCUCUCACUGUGAAAAUCACAGUGAGAAGCACGCAAGCGCCUCUAGUGGCUGUCAAUGAGACAGCCACUAGAGGAUUAUGGGGAAGGCUUAACCCAUUAAUAAACAUAGCAGUUUCUCUGAAACUGCUAUGUUUAUAAAAAAAAUGGGUUAACCCUAGAAGGACCUGGCAUUCAGACCAGACCACUUCAUUAAGCUGAAGUGGUCUGGGUGCCUAGAGUGGUCCUUUAAUGCUGAAGCAAAGUUCUCUAUGAAACUUGAUCUUCCCUUCAUGGCAUCUUACUUAUUUGUGGGGGAGCUUCCAUUUUUGGAGAGUUUUAACAUUCGCCGUCCCCAAACUCUUAUUCCAGACUGACUGAUACCGGAGGUGGACUUACUCAUCUGACAGCAGAACUAAAUAUUAAUCUGUGCUUCAUUUUAUAAUAACAAAAUCCAAUCACCCUGACCACUUCAAAGUAUUGAAAAGGUCAUGGUGCUUGGGGUAACCCUUUAAUUAUACUCCUCUUCAUAGAACUUGUUGAAUUUGUAUUCUCCACGUCUUUUACAGCGCUGAUGAAUGUGUUGAUGCAUUAUAAAUAAUAAUACAAUAUUGCAGGAUCUCGCUGUUAUCACAUUUGUCCUCUUGGUGGCAGUAUCACAGCACAAGAUAAUUUUACCAGUAAAUUGGGAGAAAAAGAAGUGUUCAAUUUCUGCAUAUACCAGUGAAAGAAAGUAUUCAAAGAUUGUACCGUGAGCAGUACCAUGCUGCCAACAAGAGUGCCAAGUCAAAAGGGCAGGAGCCUGUUAUGAAUGCAUAUCUUAAACAUUAAAUACUCCAUUAUUAAACUUAAUUUGCUUUAUUAUUCUAUAUUAACUAUUUGCUGCUUCUUUUGGUUUGUUGCAUUUUGUUUGGAGGGGUGGUGGAAGUAUUAUCGUCCCGUUGUAAGAAUAGAUUUACUUUACUAUUUGUGAAUAGAGGAUGGACAACACAACAGGCAGUGGGGCCUCUAUUUUGACUUUUAACAGUGAAAUAGUGACAGAUUACACCUGGCACCAAAGCCACGUCAGCGGGCUGUUGUGGUUAUGGUAUGGUAUGGAGUCAGUUCGAAAAAUAAAUAAAAAUAAGAACAGACGUUUAGCAUCAUCUUAUGAAUUGAUCGUAGUGAAUGAGGAUGACUGAUGAGUACUUAGAAAGAAAAAUUGUGGAGGAAAAAUUUGCAGAGAUUUCCUCAUGGCUGCCAAUGCACAGGUGAUCACUCCAGUGUUUCUGUAGAGAAAUAAUGGUGAUUUAGUGCAUUGUGUUUAUUCACCACUGUUUGUGAUGCUGAUGGUCAGUUGUGUAGUGCUGUUUGUGCUGCUGAUGGGCAGUUUAGGUUUGAAGCAAGCAAUGUGCAAUCAAGUAUGCAACACUAUCCAUUAAAACACUUUACACACUGUAGCGCCGAGCUAACUGGUCACAUUAAUAGAGAGCUCCAUGUGAGAAUCUAUUAAAACUUUCACAAAUCAACUUUUGUUAACUCACCACAAAGAAUUUGAAUGCCGGAGAGGGUUGGUGAACACCCGAGCUACACCCGGCAGAGUUCUUGCAUGCAGCCAAGCAACCGGAAUGCAAAAAUGACCUGCAUGAGCAUGAGAGAGGCAGCCAAUCUCCCUGCUAUCUGUCAGAAACGCUGAGGUGGCUGGGAACCCCAUAUCCCCCCCCCCAGUUGGUGGGGAUUAUCCCGGCAUAAAUCAGACAGGCUAUGCCCCCAAGCUAUAAGAGGUACCAAUUAACUCACCCGCGCCUGAGGCAUGCAGUCGGCGUUGAAUCUGAGGCUAAAAUGGCAGCUGCCGUGCCAGACAUCACAGCACGAGGCUCACAGGGGACGCUCGAAGAGCGGCUAGAUGCUUUAUUCCGAACUUUCUGGUGGAAGCUGCGAGGUAGAGGGGAGCAGGCCAAGACCAUGACUCUAGACGCUCCUUCCCUCCUGGCAGGAGCGGUGGAGAACAUGAGAUGGAGGACCCACUCAGGUUCCACAUUGUCCAGAGCUCGCCACCGCUUUCCUGGGCUGAGGGCCCAGAAGGGGAAGACCCUGGUCCUAAACCCACACACUGGAAAAGGCGAAACCUCAAUCCCAAGCAGCAACCACACUCUCCCGAGACCAAGGUCGCGGUGGCAAGACAGACCGGAGCAGUGGGACCUGCACAUGGCCCUUGAACCGGUUCGUGGCCAGCAGCCCUGGAUACACGGAACAUUCACUGCUGAUGUGACUCUGGUAGCCAGCACGGGCGUUGGGUGAAUAGCAGCCAUGUCAAGGGUGGGGGGAUAUGCAUAGGCACUCUCUCCUUCUAGCUGCUUGUUUACACGUGUCCCUCACUGCCUGAGAGCGACCGCAGCGGUCCCAUUCAUCCGUAGAAUAUGAGCAAUCUGCUGAAGCCUGUUCCCUGUUGUUAAUUUAGUUAAGCAUGCUUUAUUAUACUAUCAACUACUUUAUUUUACAUGUCAGGGCAUCUUCUAAUCUGUCGGGGUUCGCGUGCUGCGCAGGCCUCAACCAAUAACAUAAUUACCCUGCUUAGUACAGCGCUUCUAUACUACUGCCUGUUAAGUGACACCUGUAUCAUUUACAUGUAUUAUGCCAGCUUCUACCUCUACUCAAGCGACUUUUAACUAGACAAACAUGGUUAGCCUGCUUAUUAUUAUUAUUAUUAUCAUACUUUUUAUUUUACUGAAGCAAUGUCAGUUAGACUAGCCACACUGCUAAUUCUUGACGCCAUACUGAUGUACUAACCAUUCUAUUUAUUGAUCAGCGUGAAUUCACUUUAAUGGAACGCUAACUAUAAAGUUAUUCCACUUCUAAUCAGCAGGGGGUGCAAGUGUAACAGUUUAAAAAAAAUAAAAACUUUUCCUAUGUGACACUAUUCACAUUGACUUCUGAAUGAAGUCCUACAUUUACAGGUAUUACAUUUGCAUAUGCACUAGGAGCACUUUCAUUGAGUUUAAUUAUUUAAGUGUGCCUUAGAUCUGUCACACAUACUCGCAGUAAUGAUUACUGCGUGCACAUACAUAACAUCACGUGUCGUAAACGUAUUGUCACUUGCUUGUAUGCACAGUGCUGUUCCCAUAGUGUUGUAUAGUGUUGCUAGGGAGGGGAUUCAUGUCCCUUUAAUUCAGUAACAAGACAUUUCGGUCUAUUUCCUCUUAGAACAUUUUUUUAAUAUUUAUUUAUUACAAAUAGACUUUAAUGAUGAUUUUGAUUGGUUCUAUGUUAACCUGUGUCUUUUGACAAUGCACAGUUGACAUAUUCCCUAAACCCAUACACUGGAAAGAAUUCAGUGAUUCUUUACCAAUGUGGUGGGCAUAAUGGCAAAUCAUAUUGAUCAGGUCUCGGUUUACUGCCCUCCCCGAUGAAGUGGAGAACCAUCUGACACUGGGGAGGGUCCAAUAAAUGUAUUUAUCAUAAUAAAUUAGAUUCAUAUGAGUUAAGUAGUUGUUAUACGUAAACUGUGUCUUUGAUGACAUUCUUUAUAUGGUUAAAAUCCAUUCCAUUACAAGGCAAUCAUUCACUAUAAUCCUUUCAUUCCAAAUUAUUCAUAAUUGCUAUUUAUUAUAGGUAUUAUCCCCAAGCCCUCUGCUCUCGAUAAUCUUGUAAACCACUGACUAAACCGUAAUAAUGUAUAUCAGAUUCUACUAAUAGGUAACAUUUCAAUUCCUGUGCUUAUUGUACAAAGUUCCAAAUACUUUCUAGCUUUUGGAAUGCAUGUAAAUUUUACAUUUUUAAAGGCAAAGACAGUUAUCUGAAAAACAUGUAAGAACAUACAAGAGAAGUUAUUAAUGUUACCAGGAGCAAAGGAUUCCACCUGGCCCUCUACAUUCAAGUAGAUUCCUGGCCCUUCUUUCUGACAGUUUUAUCAUAACUUCUGGACAGACGCCACAUGCCCUACGGCUGCAUGCAAAAUUAUUUUAAAGAUACAGUAGUUUUUGUUUCUCUCCCAUGAGACCAGAUACUCCUUGAAUAACUCUCAUUGUCCUUUUAAUUUCAAUAUGUCAUCUCCUAGUAGAUGUAAACACACUUAAUUCAUGAAGGAUUAUAUAUAAAGAGACUCUUUUCUUGCAUAACCAAAGCUAAAAUGCAUUUAUUAAUUUUUUUCAUAUUUUGAAAUUGUUUUUAUAUGGGAAUAUCGGCUACCUGUAGGAACAGAGGGCUUUUGUCAUUAUAAAGCAUGUUUUCCAAACAAUUACUAUUCCUACCCCAGAGAAAUGCGCUUUGUAAUCUGCUCAACUAGGAAAGUCAUAGGUUCUGAUUGGCUGUUACUUACUGUGAACAUGUCUUUUGACAUAAAAAUAUAUGGCUAGUCGUUAUUCGUCUUCAAAUAACCAGACACUGAUUCUCAAACACACACUCAUAAGUAGACAGUGCUGAGGCUUCAAGAGCCUGAGGCUGAACAUGUCCAUGUUUUUCGGAAUUUAAUUUGUUAUUCUGGCAUCUUGUGCUUCGAAAAACCUGAAUCUGACCUUGGUUUGCAAUUAGACUUUGCAGCUAAGCUCAUGGAGGAAAGAUAGACCUUUCUAUGUCUCAUACAGAUUUGUAUUUACUGUGCCAUGUCUUUCAGUCCUUUUUUUUACAUGAUGCUUAGCCAGGCCACAAGCUAUAAAACCUUAUCACCCUUCUCUCCUCUGACUCCUAACCUUUUCAAAGUGAAAAUGGGUAAAUGGUGACGUAACGGCCAUAGCAGGAUCAUUGUGUGCAUCUCCUACUGUAUGUACCUGCCUCCUCACACCCAGUUACAGAUUGUAUAAUACAGAGCACAUCAUAUAAUACACAGAUAGGAUAAGCGCUAGAGUGUCAACUGAGUAUAGAUAUGUUUUGUAUUUUGCAUAUAUAUGAUGGCAGGCUGCAAACACUAGUAAGGGUUUCCCUCAACCGUUUGCUGAAAGAUAUAGAAAAAACAAUAUACACAAAAUAUUGUGCCCAUAUAAAGUCCAAUUAGUCUACAAAUGCUGGAGUCUGUUCUCAACUGGUAACUGUCCUGACUUCAAAUGGUGGGAGUAUAUGAAAUAAAAGCAGAAAAUAACAAGUCAUGGUGCAGGACAUACAACAAUAAUGUAUCUGGUAUAUCACUCUUAUUUGAGAGAGCUAUAAGACCAGCUCUGAGUUUAACAGCAUACAGCUGUACAAUCCCGGUUGAUGUAUAUGUAGAUCUUGGGGCUAGUCCCUCAAUGUAUGGCUUUAUAUAUAAAAGAUAAAACCGUCAAACAAUAGUGUUCACUGUGAUCAAUGUAAUAAUGGGUGGAAAAGUAAAAAUAUUCGACUCACAUGUAGUGGAGCAGUAGAUCCUGCUUAGAUGGUAGCACUUAGGUGGUAUAUAUGUAGAUUUAGUGGCUGUUUCUGAGACAUGGUAUUAUGAGAAAAAUGACUGGGAUAUAGCAAUACCAGGGAACUAUUUAUAUAAAAAAGACAGAGAAGGCAAGAAGGGGGGAGGGGUGGUCCUGUAUGUGAAGGAUAGCAUAAAAUAUAGCCUAAUAAAAGUUAGUGAGGCGAACAUAGUGAGUCUGUGUGGGUUAUGUUAGAAUUUGGUAAUCACACAGUAACUCGUGUAGGUGUGAUUUACAGGCCCCCUGGACAAAUAGAAGAGUUAGAUAAUCUACUAGUUAAGGAAAUAGCUAAAAUGACAAUGAAGGGGGAAGUUAUCAUCAUGGGUGACUUUAAUCUUCCUGGUGUGAACUGGAAAUCCACAAUAGCUGCUUCUCCCAGGAGCACACAUAUUCUAAACUCCCUACUGAGAUUGUCUCUAAAACUACUCGUUGAGGAACCAACUCAUAAGGAGGCCAUCCUAGAUUUAGUGUUUACAAAUGGAGAUUUGGUAUCAGAUAUUACUGUAGGUGAAAGUUUAGGAUCCAGUGAUCAUCAGUCAGUGUGGUUUAACAUAAGAACAGUGACUGAGUCACACCACAUAAAAAAAUAUGUGAAUAAUGACUCCUUACACAGAAUAUGUGUAAAGGAGUCAUUAUCAGACUGGAUCAAUUUAAAUGGAGUCCAAGAGAAAUUGGAUUAUUUAAAUGUUGCACUGCUGAAUGCAACAGAAAUUGCAUUAGGCUUGUCAGUAAAAGCAAAAAAUUCAAGAAACCACUGCAGUAUUCCGCAGAUUAGGCCAAAAUAGUAAAAAACUAAAAGUUAGCAUUUAGUAAUUAAAAAAAAAAAAAAUACCCAAAGUAAGUAAGACAGACAGAUCUAUAGGAUUGGGCAGAAAAAUGCUAAGCAAGUUAUAAGAGCCUCCAAAUCACACACAGAAGAGAAAAUAGCACAGUCUCUAAAAAAGGGGGAUUAAAACAUUCUUUAGAUACAUAAAUGAGAAAAGGAAAGUAAAACAAGGAUUGGUUAGAUUAAAAACAAAAGAAGAAAUUUAUCUAGAAGAGGAUAAAGGUCUAGCUGAUUGCCUCAAUGAAUAUUUCUGUUCAAUAUUUACAGAUGAAAAUGAAGGAAAGGGGCCUCAGUUAGGAAAAAGGACAAAUUAGUAAUUUGUUACAUGUGAGUUUACAGAGGAAGAGGUUCUAUUUCAACUGUCAAAAGUAAAGGCAAAUAAGUCGAUGGGGCCUGAUGGAAUACACCCAAAGCUAUUAAAAGAGCUUAGUGGUGUACUAGCAAAAGCAUUAACUGGUUUAUUUAACCAAUCAUUGUUAACAGAAGUAGUCCCAGAAGAUUGAAAAUUAGCAAAUGUUGUGGCUAUUCACAAUAAAGGUAGUAGGGAGGAAUCUGGCAACUAUAGGCCAGUAAGCCUUACUUCAGUAGUGGGAAAAGUGAUGGAAACCAUGGUAAAAGAUAGGAUUGUUGAAAAUAACAUGGAUUUCAAGAUAGGAUUGUUGAAAAUCACAUGGAUUUCAAGAUCAGAGACAACAUGGGUUUACUUCAGGGAGAUUAUGCCAAACUAAUCUAAUAGAUUUUUUUUGAUUGGGUAACUAAAAUAAUAGAUCAGGGUGGUGCAGUAGACAUUGCUUACCUAGAUUUCAGUAAGGCUUUUGACAAUGUUGCAUAUAGAAGGCUGAUCAAUAAACUGUUGAAUGGAUUAGGCAGUGGCUAAAUGACAGGCAACAGAGGGUUGUAGUCAACGGCGUAUAUUCAAAGCAAGGUCUAGUUACCAGUGGGGUACCUCAGGGAUUUGUACUUGGACCCAUUCUCUUUAAUAUUUUCAUUAGUGAUAUUGCUGAAGGUCUUGAUGGUAAGGUAUGUCUUUUUUGCUGAUGAUACUAAAAUUUGCAACAGGGUUGAUGUUCCAGGAGGGAUACGCCAAAUGGCAAAUGAUUUAGAAAAAUUAGAAAAAUGGUCAGAGCUGUGACAUUUAAUGUCUUAUAAGUGCAUGAUAAUGCACAUUGGACAUAAAAACCCAAGGGCAGAGUUUAGGAUAUUUGAUACCCUACUAACCUCAACAUGUGAGGAAAGGGAUUUAGGAAUAAUUAUUUCAGAUGACUUAAAGGUAGGAAGACAAUGCAAUAGAGCAGAUGGAAAUGUUAGCAGAAACCUUGGUUGUAUAGGGAGAGGUAUUAGCAUUAGAAAGAGGGAAGUGCUCAUGCCAUUGUACAGAACACUGGUGAGACCUCACUUGGAGUAUUGUACACAGUACUGGAGACCGUAUCUUCAGAAGGAUAUUGAUACCUUAGAGAGGGUUCAGAGAAGGGCUACUAAACUGGUUCAUGGAUUGCGGGAUAAAACUUACCAGGAAAGGUUAAAGGAUCUUAACAUGUAUAGCUUGGAGGAAAGACGAGACAGGGGGGAUAUGAUAGAAACAUUUAAAUAUAUAAAGGGAAUCAACACAGUAAAGGAGGAGACUAUAUUUAAAAGAAGAAAAACUACCACAACAAGAGGACAUAGUCUUAAAUUAGAGGGGCAAAGGUUUAAAAAUAAUAUCAGGAAGUAUUACUUUACUGAGAGGGUAGUGGAUGCAUGGAAUAGCCUUCCAGCUGAAGUGGUAGAGGUUAACACAGUGAGGGAGUUUAAGCAUGUGUGCAAUAGGCAUAAGGCUAUUCUAGACUUAAGAUAAGGCCAGGGACUAAUAAAAAGUAUUUUGAAAUAUUGGGCAGACUAGAUGGGCCAAAUGGUUCUUAUCUGCUGUCGCAUUCUAUGUUUCUAUAAUUCCCACUAGGGAUAUAAUGUUUGGUAGAUUCUUCAAGGAGUUGUAUACAAAGUUUUCUUAUUAGGUAAGUAUUUUGGUGCCAGGAACAGAAGAAAAUUAAAAUAAUAAAAGCAACUAAAAGCAUACAACAUUUAAGAAAUGGACAAACACAAUUAGUACAGAAUGCCAAAUAUACUGUUGCUUUAAAAACAAAGUUGAAAAUAACACAACGCAUUUCGCCAACUGAAGUUUAUUUAUUUUACUGCCAUCUUUACUGUCCGCAACUCACAAAGCCAAAGUCUGCUCAUAUAUAGCUGUGAAUGAUACCUGUUUAUUGCCAUGUGCAGUGCUUGACUGAAAUCCCAAACUUUGCCUCAUGUAAUAUUGUAGGGUAAGCUUUUCAAAUAAUUUUAUAUUUUUAGAUACAUUUUUUUCAAAUGAUUUAUCUACAAACAUUCCUAUUAAAGGGGUACUGUAGUCACCAGAACAACUACAGCUUAUUGAUUUUGUUCUGGUGUGUAGAAUCAUUACCUUCAGGCUUUUUGCUGUAAACACUUUUCAGAGAAAAUGCAGUGUUUACAUUACAGCCUAGUGAUAACUCCACUGGCCACACCUCAGAUGGCUGUUAGAGAUCCUUCCUGGGUCAUGGCUGCCUAAAAUUCAUCCAAACAUUCAGUUUCUCCUCCCUCUGCUUGCAGACUCUGAACUGUCCUCGUAGAGAUUCAUUGAUUCAAUGCACAUUGGACAUGAGGAGAUGCUGAUUGGCCAGGGCUGUGUUUGAAUCAUGCUGGCUCUGCCCCUGAUCUGCCUCUUUGUCAGUCUCAGCCAAUCCUAUGGGGAAGCAUUGUGAUUGGAUCAGGCCACCACUUCUGAUGAUGUCAGCAGACUGCUUGUUGUUUUUGAGACAAACAGCGUGCAGAUCUACAGCUUCUGGCUUGAAUACAGUAAGAUUUUGCUAUAUUUUUGGAGGCAUGAGGGGCCCAGGGGGGGCUAGAUGGUGGUGUUAACACUAUAGGGUCAGGAAUACAUGUUUCUGUUCCUGUUCCUAUAGUGAUCCUUUAAAUCAUUUAAAAAAAAAAAGUUUAUCAGAAAAUAUUUAAAUUGUAUACUCAAAUUGCUGAUUUAUAAAUAAAUUGCUACAUUUUGCACCAAUAACCAAAUUUGCAUACAAUUACCUGUAACAAAUUCCCAAGUUGUUGUGCAUUCAUUUUAUGUUAUCCUUAUUUAAUUUUUUUUUUGCUACUUGUGUGAAGGCUUUGAGCUUAUUAAAGUAUCCCCAAAGGCAACCAGGCAGUAUAUUUGGAGUACUCAAACAUCGUAUUGGACAUUUAUCAAAGCAAAUCUCUUAACUGUUCCAGGUAUUGCCCAAAGGAGGAUAUUCUCUAAUUUGUGUCUCCAGGACUCCACACAAGUUAUAUCAAGGAUGAUACAGGAUCCCAUGUGAUCAAGCCUCUUUGCUCAAUUAAAAAAACAAGCAAAACAAACUAAAUAUGUGUACUGAUGAUGGUAUUUCAACUAUUACACAAGAGAGGCUAGGAGGAAUAUUCAAUUUUUUCAUUUUUACUGAGUAUAAAUCUAAAAUAACUAUAUUAAAGGAACACUAUAACGUUAGUGUAUUCUUAAUGCUGUAGUGUCCCUCUGCCCUAAACUGAUUGUUUCUCCCUCCUGUGUUGGAAGGAUUAACCUCUAUUGACAAGGUUCCUUAGUGCUGGCUUCUCUCUGUCUCCUCAGACUGUGCACCUAGACCACUUUAAUGAGAUGAAGUGGUCUGGGUGCCUAUGAUAUCCCUUUAAUUAAUAGUUUGAGCUUGCUCAGUUAAAGGACAGAUUUAGUUUAUUUUUUUGGAAAUAUUCUAGUGCCUCUAGAAGAUAUCGCAUGUUGUUUUGUGAUUGAAUUAACCUCCACUAAAGUGAGAAGGACUAUUUAUUGCAUUAUUACUUGUAGUGUAUAAUCAAUAUGUAUAACAGAGAAAAAGGAAGAAUUCCUGUGUAUCUGUCGAUGAAAGGGAGGGCCCAAAGAUUCCAUCAGGUGCCUGAUUGCAACGUACAGCCACAGGUUUUACCCAUGCAGAAAGUAAGCAACUCAAAAAGUAGGUAAAUAACAUCUGUUAAAAAGAAAAAAUCUUUAUUACGUCAUCUGACAUUAAAAACUAGUGUGAAAAAAAGCACAAAUUGGUGAACAAACAAAAUCAGUGCAAUGUGUGUAGGUGAAUAAAAAGGAAGGGAUCUAACGGAGCUUACUAUGAUAGAUCCAUCAUCUGACCAUUUCGAGUAAAGUAUACGUAUGAAAGAUACUUUUCAAAUAUGUGAGUAUGCACAUGCAGUAAAGUAUCCUAACAUGUAUUUGUGUAUCUGUUAGGGCUGGAAGUGCAUCAUAUAAGAUACCUUUAAGGUCAGGUGGAUCUAGAAAGAUCACUACUCAAAAGGUAUAACGGCUAAACAAAGCCCAACGUAUAUAUAGAUGAGAGUAGAUAGCUGUACAGAAAAAGUAGUAUAUGAAUAAAAAGAGUAGAGUUUAACUGGAAUACAAAACAAAGGCUAUAAAUGGGUGACUAUGCAUAGCAGAAUGUAGUAUAAUGGGCAGGAGGUAAGUCAGACCACUGUGUCCCUUUAAGACCCCUAGAGUAUUGAAAAACUAUGGGUAGUAUCUGGGAAUAGCAGGCAGAAAUCUAAAUAGAUGCAAGAAACAUGAUUGCCCUAUUAGAUAGAAAAAAACGUGCAAUUUCCCCAGUGGGAUACUAAAUUUCCAUUACAUAUAAGGAGUGGGGACUAUAAGUGGACCUCCCUGCCCCUCUAAAAGUUGUAAUAUGGCUUGAAAUAAUGUUGUUAGAAAUCAUAGAGUCAAUUCUGCAGCAGAACCUAUAUUGUUAGCUUAAUCAAGUAGCAAAGUAUCUGGAAAACGAAAAAUGAAUACAGUUUCCCAAUUAGACACUUAGUCCUGUGCUACAAAUUCAAAUCCUGUCUGCUGCAGAAAUGCUGGCUAUCUGGUUUAGGCUGCUAGAUCAGCUGCAUUAUAUUGAAAACACAGGGAUGUCUGCCAGGUCUUGAGACACUGUGAAUAUACCUGUCAAAUAGAUAAUCUGUAAUCCCUAGAGAUAGCCCAGGUAAAGAUAGUGCCAUGAGGUAUCACAAGUUAAAUGUUGCAGCAGAGCCUAUUUUACAAUAAUGUAGUGCAAUCAAGUAACAAAGUAUCUGGGGAAACAAAAAAUUAAUAUAGUUUCCCAAUUAGACACUUAUUACUGUGCCACAAAUGCAAUCAAAUCCUAUCUGCUGUAAGGUUACUAGCUGUCUGGUUGGAGCUGCAUUGAGUUGAAAAGCCAGAAAAGUCUACCAGAUUUAAAACACUAUGCUAGUUAUCAAUUUCCAUAUAUGAUUUUUAGAUAAAUCAUCUGCAGUCCCCAAAGGUAGCCCAAGAGUUAAAGAAUGUCACAUAGUAUUAAUUAGUAUAAAGUUAGAUAAGCUUAGUUAGAAUCCUUAUUUUAAAAUAAAAUAAAGCUUGGAUGCAGCGUCAUCCGCUCAACGCGCGUUUCGGCGCUCUGUUGCGCCUUCUUCAAGAGAAAUAAUGAAUAGGAGAGCCGGCUUGUGUUUUAAAGGGUGAAUGGCCGCCCUUGUUAUUACAUCACAUGGCCAAUCCCCUCACGCCACGUCAAUCGUGGGUGUGUUUGCGGCCAAAAAGUGGGUGGGGGAUAGAGGGCCGUCCUCAUUAUGACGUGAAACGGCCACUCCGUUACCGCCAUGUCAGGAGGGGCGUGGUCGUGUGACUAGCGGCCAAAGGCUGAGUCAAAUCAUCAGAGUACUUGGGAACUAUCUAUAGACCCGCCUCAUAUCGUUCCGAAACAAGAAUAAAUAUACAAAGUAUAUACACUGAGGGGGGAGAUGUUCAAUAUGCAAAGUACUUACAAUCAAUCAAUGUACUUCCCGUCAAAAGCUAAAUGUAAAUAGAAUGUAUUUAACAUUAUGAGAAAGGCCAAAAAAUAGUAAUAUAUACCAAUGAACGGAUUAUAAAUGGUACGUGGGAAGCCAGGAACUAAAUAUGAAGGUAAAAUUAAAAGAUGGGAAGUAUAGCGUGAUGCGUUUCUUCUGGUCCCAUUAACUGAAUCAUUGCUUUCGUAGCUAUGUGCUAAAAAAAAAGGGAGAUAUGUUUUCCAUCAGGUUUUCACAUCAAGUACCAUAGAGGAUAAGGUUUCCCACUUUAUUCCCACAUGUGCUGUUACAUUGGAAAAUUGAACUAAAGAAUUAGAUCCUAGUGAUUAUAGUAGAUAUACCCUAUUUAAAUAAGGGUGAAAACAAUAGGACUUUCUGCAAAAAAUACCAAUAGUAUGUGUCGGAUCAAAUAUCUUAUCUUACUGGUAUAUAGAGAUACCUAGUUGAGUUUCACUUUACCAUUUAGAAAUAAACUAAACUAAAAAUUCUGUCUAUAGACAAUACUGAGACAGAUACAUAUAUACAAAUAUACAGAUAUACAGAGGGGGUCAACCCAGAAAGGAAGAGAAAGAGAAUCCUUCAUUCAGUCCUUUCGGACUUAGCGUUUUAGUUGAUAUAUCGAAAAACAUUCUCUCUGUCUUAAAAAUUUGUCAUAAUCACCUCUCCUUCCAUUCUUCUUUACCAAUUCCAAACCGCAGAAGAGUAAACCCUUUGAAUCACCUCCAUGGUGUUCUCGAAGGUGUCUUGAAAUUGGUUUGUCUAUUGGGUUUUUGGGAGAUCUGAUAUGCUCCUGAAUGCGUUUUUUGAAAGGGCGGAAUGUUUUGCCAACGUAUUUUAGGUUGCAUUGGCAGGUCAGUAAAUAAACUAGACCUGCCGUAUUGCAAUUAAAAAAGGAGACUAUUUUAAACUCCCUCAUGUCAUCGCUGUCCCACACUUUCUUUGAAUCCCUCUUUAUAUAUUUACAUGUGACGCAUCUGCCACAUCCAAAAGUUCCAAUCAAGGGGUUAUGAAGCCAGCUUUUGGGGGAAGAGUGUCUAGAUUGUAAAUGGCUAGGUGCCAAAAGAUCGCAGAGAUUUUACCUCGGCGGGCUGUCAAGGUCUCGUUAGGGGCCACCUUCGUGUAGAUGUUCAUUGCUGGUUAGCAGUGGCCAGAAACGUUUUAAGGACCUUUUGACAUUUUCCCAUCCAGCAUCAUAAGUGGCUAUCAGUCUUAUAGGUUUUUGUGAGUCUUUGCAUGCCCUAUUGGGGCAGUCUCGCUUAACAAUGUGUUUUGGUCAGAUUCCAAGGCCCUCUUGUAGGCCCGUUUAAGGCACUUAUUUGGAUAGCCUUUAUCUUUAAAAUGCUUUCUAAGGUCCCUUGGUUUGAUGUUAAACUCCUCUACGGUGCUACAGUUAUGUCUCACUCACUUUCUGCAUGGGUAAAACCUGUGGUUGUACGUGGCAAUCAGGCACCUGAAGGAAUCUUUGGGCCCUCCCUUUCAUUGUACAGAUACACAGGAAUUCUUCUUUUUUUUUCUGUUAUACUAAUAUAUGGGGUUAUGCCUCAAACCCCUCCAGCCACGGGAUCCCAGCGCAAUGUCACCAGUUUUGCAAAGUCCCCAGACGGUGGUAGUGCCGCUACUACAGGGAGCCAAGAUUGAUGCACCUAAUAGCAGGUUAAAGAGGGUUGAUUUCUACAUUUAAUUUUUUCAGACAUCACAAAUGCAUAUUUAUUUAAUAUAGGAGAUUUAAAAAAAAAAAAAACAAUUAAAAUUUAACUCAUGGUAAAUGACAAUUCCACUUUAAACUUGACCUCUGUUUUGAUUACGUGAUCAGUUAGAACCACCGCUUUGCAUUUUCUGAGUUCCUACAAUGUUCCCUGUUUCUGGGCAAGAAUCCCAGGCUCUGGGUAUCAGCAGGGUUUCUGAUGUGCUGUAAAUUGUUCAUUUUAUAUGAACUUUAUCUGCUGGUAUUGCAGUAAAAGUUGUACAGUAACGUAAUUAAUGACGGCUGCAUAUUUUGAAGUGUUGAAAUUCCCAUUAAAUCAUCUCUCUGAUCUGUCUGUUAAAAACGUAAGUGCCUGAGCGAAAAUGGAAAGCAGAACAAUUUUGGACAUGCAUUCCAUAAUUGCAAAUCUUUCUGAUUUGAUCUGUCAAGCGAUCGUGGGACCUGAUUGUCAUCUUGUAUGUAAUGCCGUGAUAAACGACAAGAUUUUGAUUUGUGGUCAUCGCCGCACUUGUAAACAGAUGACAUAUUUUAAGUUGAUGUAAUGUCGAAUGGAAUCCUUUUUCAACAAGUCUGAAAAAUUACAUUAAAUUUAUUACUCUACCUGAGACACAGCACUUCUACAGGUAUUUUCUUCACAUGGUACGUGGAGUCUGACAGCUCAGCAGAAAGAGUUUGGGCUUGUAAUCAGAGAACAGAUGAGCUUUGUUGUAACAUGGCAUUUGUGACAGCUGGUGUGUCAAGUUCUCUUAUUUUAACGAAAUGCUUGGAACUUUACAAAUCAAAGUGCAGGUUGACUGUUGGUUAGCACAGUCUUUUACUCUGUACAAGUGAUAGAAAACUGUAUUUAUACAAUUCUUGAAAAUAUUUUUCUUAUGUAAGGAUUUGCUUUGAUUUAAUAAUUACUAUAAGCUGGUUUGAUAGCUUCACAUACCUCUUGAUCUGGGGCCUUAAACACCCGGUACCGUGCUGAGAUUUUUAUUUAUUUAUUUUCCCCUGGCGUCUUGCUUCUGGAGAAGCUAGUGAAUAAUCCACAGAAAACAAAGCAUCAGAAUAUCAUUUAUAAGGAAUAUGUAUUUAUAUGUAAAGGUUUAAUCCAAGCUCCAUUACCACUUCAGUAAUUUGAAGUGGUCAUGGUGGCUGAAGUCUAUAUGUGCAGCCAAUGAAUGGCCACAGCAUCAACAUCUGGGGUCUAGAGGCUAUGUUGCUUUUAGUAAACAUUUAAUGUAACUUACCUUUCCUGAGUACUUAUCUUGGCAACAUAUGUCGUUGGGUUAGCUUCUCCAGGUAACCACUGAUUGUAAAGGAAAUGUACCACAAUGGCACAUUUAAUGUGCGGUCUGUGUUACAUAGCUCCUGUUAGCCAUCACUCUAGUCUCUUUCCAUUCCAUAAUGCUUUGUAUCACUGUUGGGAGGUAUUGCUCCACCAAGAGUCUCAACGUUGACUCAGCCUUUCAUUUUUCCAAGGUCAGUAAAAUUAGUAUCAUUAAGUUGGGUUGCUCAUAUGGCUGCCAGGCCAUACUGGAAGCCUAUAUAAAGCUGUAUGUACCCUUACUAGAAAAAUCCUUUUUUUAUUUCUGUUUUUUUCUAAAUGUUAUUUCCCAGAUCGCUAAAUCAUUUGAGUGGGAAUGUUGAUGCUUUUUAAAAGAACAUUCCAGGAUUGAAAACUCUUUAGAGCAGAUCUGUCACUUUUGGGGGCAUUUGUAUGCUUUGCAAAGACCUCCAAUGGUGCAGUGAAAGAUAGGUUUACUUACCUUAAGCUUUCCCUCACCAGCCUCUACUUCCAGCUGUCAUUCUUUGGCUCCUGGCACUUCUUCUGCCAGGGGCCGCGUCAGUGCUGCAAUCUUGCACUUGUUCAAGAACCCAACACUGUGUGAGAUCUAUGGAGGAUCCCACGAGACUGCAAGAGCAUUCAUAGAUCACGUCGUGUAAUGAGUGAGACGAUCGCACAGCCAUAAUUUGUGACAGCUGAUGGUAUUGGACAAAAGUUGACGGCAGAGCACUGCCUUUUGUCAACCUCAGGCUGUCCAUAAGUAGUUUUCAUUAAAAUCCCAAUGCAAUCCAAAGCUACCUAUAUUAUAUUACAAAGUAGGGACUACUCUAAAUUUUUUCUUUAUGAAAUACUCAGAAGUGACAAAACCUCUUUAAUAAUCUAGACCACCUGCUAUAUGUGUACCAGAUGCAGGAAGACGUCAUGUCUGCCUAUAUCUGUAAGGUCCUCUAUUAAUCAAUGUUAAGAACCAUUUUGUAAAGUGAAACUACAUUCUUUCAUGCGGACAGCAUCAACACCUUUAAGUGUAUAAAGACAUUCUGUAAUUUGUCAUACAGCUGUUCAUCGAAAGAGGUUGAUUUAUCUUUGUUCUUUCUGGUUUUAGCCCCAGUAUUUUAACUAUGAAGAUUAUCAACUUGACUCUAGGUAAUAGAAGACAAGUUCUCUUUACUGUCUCAUCACGUCACAGCGUUCUUCCUAAUGCUUAUCUUUCGUCGUCUUAAAUUUAAAUGAUAUGCCAACAAAUAACUCUCAUCACUGAGGAGCCUUGCAAGACAAUGCCCCAAGGGUCGUUAAUGUAUUAACGGAAUUAAUCUAUAUUUACAGUAAUGAUUAAAUGGUCUAGAUCCAUUAUUUUAAAGAUGUGAAAUAAUAUAUUGCAUUUGGUUCAGGUGUCCCUGGAUGGCCUUAGGCAUUAUGUUUUCAGUGCCUGAUACAUUUAGAUUAUUAGUAGUGUGUAGAUAUAGUUGAUAUAUAUUGUAAAGACUAAUUUCCAGAGCACUGGCAGGAAGUGAUCUGACAUCACAUACACUGGAAGGAAGUGAUCUUAUAUCACAUCCUCCCAGAGGUUCCACGUUGGAAAGGAACAGAGGCUAACAGUUCAACCAAGUAAGGGGUUUGCACUGUUGUUGCAUAUCCAAAAAUGUGAUCCGAGUAGGAGAGAUCUUAGUUUCCCAACACAGAUCACACAGAUUUACAGAACCCCAUUAGAGUCUAGUGCUCCACCGGGCGUUUUAAAGGGCUGGCAUUCUCAAUUCUGUGCAUAAAAUAAGUCUGACAACAGAUGUUAAAAUCUUAUCUUUGCAAGAAAAGAGCAUGCAAGGGGAAGCUAGCACUCCCCUCCCACACACUCUGCACUGCCUCCCUCUGUUCUAUAUUGUUAUUUUUUAUAAUUUUUAUAAAAACCCUUCCCCACUUCUUCCCCUCUCAUAGCGCACUCUCAGCUGGCGAAGUGGUGCAGUCACAGGCUUCUCUGUGAUUUUCACAGUGACGUCAGAAGGGGGCAUGGGAAAUCAGUACAGGGAGCACCUUCUCCACAGUGGCAAUUUCCCUGACAUUCCAACCCAGGCAAGCGAGAUACAGAAACAAAGUAGAGACUGUAUUUCUCCUCUGCCUGACUAUCUUCGACUUAGGGCAGAGUUUAAGGGUCAAUUCCAACAUCUGUCACUAGUUACGGCUGCAAGGAAUUGGCUGUGUUUGUGGAGAAUCCUGUCUCACGGAAUCCUCCAUAGACAUCAAUGCUGUACUCUUGCGAGUUCGGCAAAGUCCCCAAAUGGUGACAGUUCUUCUUCAAAUUAAAUUCUCUUAUGCUUUAAAUUUAGCAAAUGUGUAGAUCUUUUAAAAAAAAGCUAAAUAAGCAAUGUUACCUUCCUUCACUUGGCAAUCAUGCUUUAACCAUCAGAUUAGAAGUGAAGAGUAUGAGCAUAGCAAGACCAGAUGCUGAAUUGGAAGAUUUUGGAAAUUAAAAUGAAGUUGUUUUGGUGCUUAGAAUGUCCUUAAGUAUUUAAUUUACCCUUUUUGAGUAAUAUUAGAGAAACUACAGGUUCAGCAGGGAAGGCAUAUCAGUGAAGGUUUAUUGGAAACACGAGCACAAUAGUAAAUAUUACAGUGAUUUGACCUGAAGCCGUAACAGGUAUGGCAGUCCCACAUCCAUGGAGUACCAGGCUAGGCAUUAAAUCGCUGCUUCAUUUUCCUGGAGCCCAACACCACAUUACAUUGUGAGCCCAAAUCACAUUACAUUGCCCUGUGAGUCAUAAACCUCCUGAAAGUACAUGUCCUUUUUCCCAGCAAUAUUGUUGUAAAGACUCAAUGAGUAUCAUGGGAAAUGACGUCCAAUUAACCUCUGCAGUGCCAAGUAUUGGCAUCAGUGCUGUACAGGUAGAUGGGACAUUUAUUUAGUCUACAUUUGGAAUAAAUGCUACAUUGUUUUUUUAAACACGUAUGUAGCCAUUUUAUUUUGUUGCUAUGAGAUAUACUGCUUGGCUAUUUCUCUUACUGCUACCAUAACUGUAAGUUUGUUUUGCUUGCUACUUGAUGUCUUCACAUUGUAAUUUAUCUUGUAUUGUCGGUAGGUGACUGUGGGGACCAUGUGGUGGUGGUAAACACCAGACAUAUUGCCUUCUCAGGAAAUAAAUGGGAGCAGAAGGUUUAUUCCUCUCACAGUGGGUAAGUACACCUGAAACCUCCAUUUUGUUCUAGUGUCACAUUUCUAUAGACACUGGGGAAAACUCCCAUCAAAAAUAAUUUCCCAUGGGGUUAGUUCACUGAUCUUGUGAUGUAACUAUAUAUGCCAGAUGUUUGUAUUUAAUUAUUUAGUUUAAAUACACACAAAAACGGUGUAUAUUUCUUAAGACUGAUUAAAUUACUUACAACUCCUUACAACAGUCCUUUUAAUAUGAUAGCCAAAUGUACAAUAUUUACAGGUAACAAUCUUGAGUAAAUAAAGGUGGAUAGCCAAAUGUACAAUAUGUAUUGGUAAUAUUCUUUAUAUGGGUGUUAUUUUUACCAGGGGGACCUGUAGUGAUUUAGAAAUGCUCUGUUGUGCAUUUAGUUGGAACAUUCACAGAGCCGGCACUUGUUAAUUUGUAAUUUACACCUUCCUCUUUCAAUCUGUGAGAGGUACAUUCCAUAACUGCACAUUUUCAACGGAAGGUCGUAAAUCUUAUCAAUGGCAUGUGAUUUAAAAUGCUAUUCGCUUCCAUAUUAUUAAUGUGUUCUGUCCACUAUUGCUAUAUGUCUUAUUCAAUGCAGAGAUUGUCACAAAAGACACUAAAUUUGCCUCUAGUUACAAUGUGUAUGCUGUAAAGAAUGCAAACCUACAUGAAAUAUGUUUAUUUUGUGUUUUAAUUUUAAAUAUUACAAAUAAGCCUAAUGUACACUAAAUAUAUAAAUAAGAAAAAAAGUAUCCCAGCAAGUCCACAAAAAACAAUCUGGGCAUCAUAACAAAUUGUGGCUGGAGCUAACUUACCUUUAGGGGUAAUCUAUUCACGAACAGUUUAACACCAAAUCCUAAUUUCCAGCUGUUUAAUGGACGCCGGCCUAUAAGAAGGGGUGCACAUCACCUCGUCAAACAACCAAGGUUGAGUAUGUCCAAUCACCAUGGCAGCACAACACGCAGGUGAACACCUCCCCAUAUCCUUCAGAGAGCCCAGACAUCACUCUUCCAAGCAAAAAUAUAUACUCCUUUGGGUGUAACCUCUAAUACCUGCACCACACUGUAGUAUAGUGCCAACACAUUUGAGUAAAUAUGCAAAAAAUAUAUAUAUAUAUAAGUUCUUCCUUGGGCACUGCAUGGCCCCUAUCUACAAUCAUGUCACUAGCACACCUGGAAAGUCAGUCAAGCAUACAAAUUAAUUGUUAUUGGUUUAUCUCUGUUUUCUUUGAUGUAUUGUUACAAUUAUGCAAAUGUUCAAGGCAUGUUACCAAGGUCUCUGUGGAGCUGGAUCUAUAAUUUCCUGCACUCCUAACAGACGCACUGAUUGUAUCUGCUCGCCGGAGACGCGGGGUGUGGGAAUUCACACCAGUCCCUACACUUACUAUUCCUUCUACAGGGUUUGACCACACCACUAGGUUAGCCUGCAUGCGACUCUGACUAACUGUCAAUUACCUCUACUUACUCCUUUUACCCCGCCAGAGUUCAAACAGCGGAGCUGCCCGGUGGUCAACCCCAAACCCUACUGGCCCAUCGGAUAAACCCAGUAGACUAAAUCCUCUUAUCCCAUAUAUAUCGCCCAGUUCCCCCAGGGCUCCCCUCUCUCUUUCCCACUCCACGGCCCUAGGCCUCUUUCUCCCUCCUAUAACAAAUUAGCAACAUCCCAGACCAAAUAGUGUAUUUUCCAGAAAUGCUUCACAGCUCUGUAUAACCAUUCCCCGUCACCAACACUGGAUGACUCUGCGUCCUUCCUGUCCCCUAUGACCCCAAUCUGGAGAAACAAGCUUUUUACUCCAGGCCUCACACCGAUCCAUUUUGCCAACUUGGAAAAUAGAGACAUCUCACGGUUGGGCCACUUAUAUCACGAUAACAGAAUCAUAGAAUAUUGUGACAUACCCUACAAAAACGCCUUUACAAUGUAUGAUUAUUCCAGAUACAUCCAGCUAAGAAGCUUUGCAUCACGCUUAUUAUCAAACAAGCAGGCACUGCCCCCUUAACACAAUACGAACUCGAUUGCAAAAAGCACUCCUCUAGGAAGGUACAAAUCUCUGACCCAUAUACCACAAUAGCGACUCAUACAACACAAAUAACGCUCCCCUAUAUAACAACAUGGGAAACAUACUUAGGCCCCCCUCCCCCCCCGACGAACCCUCUAACUGGUCAGACAUAUGGGAAGCCUCAGCCUCCAUAUCCAUCUGUGUGACUCAUAAGGAACAUGCGUACAAAAUGUUAUUUCAGUGGUUUUUAACGCCUCAGCGCCUAGCUACCAUGCACCUAGCACCCUCCAAUUAAUGCUGGAAGUGUUGCGGGGAAGUGGGGACUUUCCUCCACUGCUGGUGGGCAUGCCCUAAACUAAAACCCUUAUGGCAACGCAUCACAGCACUGAUUGCCAGACUGCUAGACAAACUGUGCCCCUUAGACCCUUGGAUGUUGUUUCUCUCCAGGCCCAUGGACUCUUUUUUUACCAGAGCAGAAAACAAGUUAAUAGCCCACAUAGCACUGACAACAAGAUGAGUAAUAGCCGAACUAUGGUCAACACUGCACAUACCUUCACACACUACAUUGCCAAAAAUAUACAGGACAGUGCAAACAUGGAUAGCCUAACAUCUCAGAUUCACGAGAUGAGACACCCAAAGAGUUCUACGAGACCUGGUACCCAUGGCUAGUUGGGGAUACAAAAUUACCCUGGAAGAAGUUACACACUCUCAUAACAGCCAGACUUGGAUGACCCUGGAACCCCCACCACUACGGCAUGGACUGGCACAAAUUUAUCCGGGCUGAGCGCACCCUUUCCUCCCACCCUCAACCCCACUCCUCCUCACAUCUUCCCUUUAUCCCUUCAUUCUCAUAAAAUUCCUGCCCACCGUUGCCACUCUCCUAUCUUCACUCUCUCCCACCCUACACAGGCCACACAUACACUUACCCACGCAACCACUUAUUAACCCAGGGCCCGAAGCGGAGCAUGAGCAUACAGGAAUGCAUACAGAAAACCCACCCUACAUUAACAACUCGCCACAACGAAAAACCUCCUGAGCAACAGCACUUAAGACCCAACACAGUCCUAGCACACCAAAGGACGAACACAGCAGACUGACCCUAACAUUUACAGGUCGACAGGCAUGACUACCCCAACACUAGCAACAAAUUAUCCUCAUAUGAGCCCGCUACCAUCCCAACAAGCAUCCGGCUCUACAGACACAACUAGUGCAAAGAAAACAACAGAUUUUAAGCGAAGAGUUAGCCGGACUUAAUGUACACUUUGAAAACUUGACUAAAUGUACCUGUAUUGCAUAACCUGGGAUAAUCGCUUAUGUUGGAAUGCAACUCUAAAAGUUUGUUCCUGUACUGCCCCUUGUACUAUUUCUGUUUUCUGCUACCUUUGUUCUAUUUCUGACAUCUGUAUUUUUACAUACAACGAACAAAAUAAAAAUAAAUUUAAAAAAAAGUGAAAUUAAUAGGUAAAAACAUUUAACCAAACCUAGCUUUUCUCCAGACAUUUUAACUAAUUGCAUGUUAUUGUUUUUUUUUUUUUCUUCCAAAGUUACCCAGGAGGUUUCAGACAAGUGACUGCUGCAGAACUUCAUCGAAGAGACCCAACAGCAGUAAGUGGUUAGCAGCUUGCUUUGUAUAGUCAAGUGGUUUAACAUGUUUAUUUAAAGCUCAGUCCAAAAUGUUGUAAAUAAUAUUCAGAUUAAACUUUAUUGUCACUCUGCAGCGUACAUACAGCGUACAAGACAUGGAAACACAGUUAGCCCCUGGACAGAACUACAGUAUAUUUUAAGUAUAUUAGUAAAUUUAGUAAAUUUUAGCAGUCCUUACUUAAUUCCAUAAUACAUCUAAUACCUAAGAAAUAUAAUCCAUCCAUCAUUACAAUUUUUUUAACAGUCUUAUAAUACAUAUAGACAUUACACAAUACUGCCACCAAUAUUGUAUAAUUCAACUCUAUAGCCUUUAACCCCUGAUCCAAAUUAAAAAUAUCUAUCUAAUAUAAACCAAUCAAACCUCCUGCAAAUAAAGUGUUUCAAACUACAAACACGAUUAGCACAAUCUAGUGCAAACAAAUUCCGUAAUCUCAGCAGUACACCUUUAUCAUUUGAGAAUAGGUGCAUGCCACAAUCAACUAAUCACAUCCAUCAAACAUAGAAUACAAACCGCAAACACGUUGACCAACAACAUAAAAUGCUAAUUGUGAGAACAUGGGCCAUAUGCACAAAGUGCAAGAUGUGUGCACACAAAUCAUCUUGCCUUUUCAAUGAAGGAUAUUAGUAUAACCCCUUGACCUUACAAGUGUCACUGUGCUUCUCACCCUGGACCUUCUUAGAAGUAAGGUGAGCAAGUUCAUAAAAAACUUUGAAUUGUAGUCUUUCCCAACAGUUGAAAUGUCAGGGUGAAAAUGUACUAAAUUGUUAAAAAAAAAAAAAAAAAAAAAGGCAAUACUGUAAUGAAUAUACAAGGUUUACACCAUUAAUAUAUUGUUAAAUUUCGAGUCCAUCUAAGGAUUUCUCAACCAUGAUCAAAUAUUUAAAUUUGACUCAACUCCUGGGUUCAAAAGCUCCACAUUACUGACCAGUUUCAUCCACCCUCUUUGAUUUUAAGAUUUAAAUUUUUUUCCUGCUGUGAAGGACAGCAUUUUAUGUAUGUAUUUACAAAGUCUUCCUCCCACCCCUUACCAUCACUUAGAGCUAAAUUUACUACUUCAGUAAAUCAUUUUAUGAUGUUAAUACAUUUUUUCGAAGCCUGGGGGAAGAAUGCGUGUUUAGAUCUCAGCAGUUAAGAUUUCACCUGCCGCUUUGCAGCGUAAUUGCCAAAACUGGACAUAUUUGCUGCAUAUUUUAACUUGAAAUGAAAUCUAGGUGUUGAAGUCUUAUUUCAGUGCUAGAUAAGGGUUUCCUAAUGUUCUAGAGAGAUAUUCUGCAGUCUGUAAGACAGUGACACAAGACAAUUUCUUCUGGGGGAGAGGGCGGGGGAUUGGAUCUGACGUCCAGCACAUUGAAUUUAUGGGAGUUAGUCAGAAUCGGCAAAUAUGAGUUAUAAACUAUACCUAUUACGCUGUAAAUAGAAAAUGAUACCUUAUCAGAGUACACAACAUUUUUUUGUUUAGAAGAAUAUUAUAACAAAAGUAAAAUAAAAUAAAACAUGCUCACUACAGAAAUCUCAAAGACACACACAAACACGUUUGCCAAACAUAGGGAAUGGGUAACGAGAAUUUAAAAAAUAAUGGGAAGCCUGUUUUUAAUUUGCACUGUUUGGUGCUUUAAGAAAAUGAUGCUGUCUGUCCAGGUUCCUAACUAACCACACAUACUUUAUCCAGUGAUAUCUAGCUGCUGUGGUUGCCAAUAACAGUAUUCUAUAAACAGUAGUUGAUUUUUUUAAAAUUUUUUUUUAACCAUUCUAAAACUUCUCCAUUAAGCGUUUCUCUUUUUUGCUCCAAAAAUGCUGCUUAAUAUAAUGUUGUGACUUUGUUUUUUUUUGGGUACCAAAAAAGAGAAAAGGGUUGCACUCAAUCAUAAAAAUCACAGGGUGCUAACUGAGUAUGGAUCAGCAUACCCCAUAGAACAUAUAUCAAAGAAAACAAUCUCAAUAUGCCCGUGGUAGAACGAGCCCCAAACAUGCACGCGCCCUUCUUCCGCGGGCAUAUUGGGCCACUGUUAUGGAUGAUUUACAAGGUAUUUUACAAAGUAUGGUUUCAUUUAUAUUUUAUUUUUAGUUACUUGGUAUACAGGAGUUUAUUUAUAGAUUUGCCCAUGGUAUGUGAACACUUUAGUGGACCUUCUAUCAUAAUAGAGGGGUGUGCACACUUUUGUGACCCCCUCUGUUUAUUCUAAUAUGUGGAUUCCAUCUAUCUCUUGUUUUUUGUUUAUUUUAUAUGCCAUGUACUGGUUCUUCUGUUGUUGAGGCCUUCAAACUGUUUGCCUUAUCAUAUCUAAGCUUAAAGGACCACUAGAGAAACUGCUAUGUUUACUAUAGGGUUAAUCCAGCCUCUAGUGGCUGUCUCAUUGACAGCCGCUAGAGGCGCUUCUGCGCUUCUCAUUGUGAUUUUCACAGUGAGAAGAUGCCAGCGUCCAUAGGAAAGUAUUGAGAAUGCUUUCCUAUGCACUGGCUGAAUGCGCGCGCGGCUUGUGCCGCGCAUGCGCAUUCAGCCAAUGACGGAAGAAGAGGGAGGAAAGUCCCCUGCGCCGAGGGAGCCCAGUGCUGGAAAAAAGGUAAGGGAUUAACCCCUUCCUCUGCCUCAGCACCACAGGAGUGCGACCCUGAGGGUGGGGGCACCCUCAGGGCACUAUAGUGCCAGGACAACGAGUAUGUUUUACUGGCACUAUAGUGGUCCUUUAACACGUGUAAUCCUCCCAAUAUGGUAUAUUGACACCUCCUUUGGUAUCCUGAAUUGGGUUCUAAAUUUGUUUAUCUGUUUGACUGCAUUAAACAUGUAUUUGUUUGUUUCAGCAAGUGUUCCUUGGUCAUAUAUUGUAGUGAUCCUCCAUGCUCUAACAGGUUAUAUGGAAUUUCUGAGCCCACCUUUCUUCUUAUCAAUGUUCUUAUCACAGUUCAUUUUGGCAUGCCUACAUCAUUGACAGUGCUGCUUGUCAUAUGCUUUUAGAAGUUCCCAAGAUACCAUUAUUUUUAUGUAUUUAUUUUAUUACUGGCAUUUAUAAAGCGCCAACAUAUUCCGCAUACAUUUAAACACACUUUGUUUUUAUGAGUGCAUAUAUUUUUUAUUCUAAUAAAUCUUAUCCAAAACAAAAUGAAAUCAAGGCCAUAGUUUGUAGUCCAACAAGUAGAUCGACAUCACUGGCAAUGUUGGCCUCACCUUUUUCAUUCUACAACUUAUGUUUCCAAUAGGCUCUGCACAAAUCCUAUGAGAUAAUUAAUCCAAACAAUAUUUUGGUGCUCCAGGCUCAGGGGGUGGCAUUCUCCCUAUAAUAUUUCCAAAAUGACUUGAUAAAGGCUGUCUUUAUCGGCCAAACGUCAUGUUGCGCUUAUUCCAAUAAAAAGAAUGGAGCAUGAUGUGUGGCUCUCUCUGCAUCUCAUGCUACAGCAGGCAUUACUCCUUAAAGAGAAAAUAUUGGGAAAUUCAAAAGCAGAAGGUAACUGCUAACUAUUUAAUAAUUAAUUUAGUUAACCUGCUGCUAAUCAUUAAACAUGGGAAUUGAGACUAGAUAACUUUAGAAAAUGGCUGAGUAACACUUUAGCUUUAAUUAUAAAACAAAAAAGGGAAAACAUUGUUAAAUAUUACAUAAUAUGCACUGUGUAGCUGCUAUAUGGCAACAUUGUAACUUCAUUGUAACUUGGAUCUAAAAGACCAAGAAGCAAUUCAACAUGUUACCUUAAGAACUAACCACAAGAUGGCAGUGUAAGAUAGCCAUAUAUCUUUGCAACAGCAUGUUUAUAGUAGCACUAAAACUGUCAAGUUGAUGCAUUGGAGUUUAAGGAUGUUGGUAUCGUCUUAGUUUUGUUAUUAAUGUUUUCACUUGUAGUGUUUUUAUACAGUUGUCGCUUGAAGAAUAGGGGAUCAAUGUCAGAUUGAAAGGUUGUGUGAGAAUUUCUAGAAUAUAGUCUGUGGCUUCUGUAUGUACUGAACAAAAAAAGAUUUUUUUUUUUUUUAACCCCUCUCUGAUAUUAUCUUAAUCUAGACUUUGAUCAUAGUAAAGGCCAGUCCCUGAUGUCCCCAAGGUGCCCACACAUCUAGCUAAUGUGUAAGUGUAAAAUGCUCAGGCAAUGAAUGUUGCCCAUAUUUGAACAAAAAAUAAUAUUGCUAAUGUGCUAAAUGAGGGGGCAGAACUUGGGCACUCUUUUGUUGUGUGUUGAACUACUCAAAUUGUUUUGCACAGAACUGUGUGGAGCAGCAAGGGCAUGCUGGCACUAUAACCACUACAGCUUUAGUUUUUAUAGUGAUUGAUUGCCUACUCAAGUUGACGUAUGCAUUCUGCACAUAAAACCAUUUUAAAGUGAACCUCAUAUAAAAAAAAAAACAACAAAAAAACCUACUUGAAAUUGCUCUUUUAUACAUUGAAUACACCAUAUAUCCUAAAAAUAAAAUGGUAUCCUAAAAAUAAUAUAGUAUACUCACUAUACAUAUUUACCCACUUUUCUUAUGUUCCAGUGCCCCUUUAUAUGUAACACACACCCUCUGGCCACCCCGCGCUCUAUCUCGGCUCCUUCCAAUGUCCUCUUUGAUUUGCCCUGCUUGGUUUGCAUCCCCAACCAGGACAAAUCUAGUCAGUGACAUCAGCAUGCAGGAGUUUCUAUAGUAAGUUUCCAUAGCAACCAUAGAACAUGCGCUGUGGUUGCAAUGGGAGGUUUCUUCUGCUCUCCCUUGUCAGUCAAUGCCUCGGCAUGCCAAGGCAUUGAAUAAAAGCUAGGAGAAAAAAACUGUUUUGAAAUGGGUUUCUUUCCUAAUCUAUAAUUUUUUUAGCAAAACUGCUAUAGCAAUGCAUAUAUAAAAUUGUAUUCUCAAUCUAAUGAGCAUAAGUUGUGUGGGGCAUGACAGGUGCCCUUUAAGAGUCUUCCAAAAUCAGUCAAUCUUUAUUAAUCUUUUCAACUAGCGCAACAUGUGUUCCACAGGGUUUACUCCUUGUGGGACACAUGUUGUGUCCCCGUGAACAACAUCAAGUCUGUCUGUACAAUACAGCCAUAAGGAACCUGGUGACUUCAAUGAAAAUUAAACGGUUACCAUUCUGUACAUGCACAAGAACUCCCAUUCAUUUUCAUGGGAAAUGUUGGACAUGUGACAGUGUGAAAUAAAGUUGAACACUGAAAAAUAACUCCCUCCCCCUGUUUGCACACUUUAAGCGAGCAUGUAGACCAAUCAUGUGUAAGUAUUCCAAAAUGUUGUGUAUUUUGCAUGUGAACCAAAAGUAUGCCAACAGCUUCUCUCUUUAAAUCAUCUUUCUAAUCAAUGGAGCGCUUUUAAGCAUUUGUUAUCCAUUGUUCAGUAAUAAACAUCCGCCAAGUAACUUUAGGUUCCUGGGCUGCGAAAAUCUUCCUGUUUAGAAAAUCCCCCGCCCAUGCAUUCUUCUAAACGCUGUAAAGGCGAAUCUGUUGCCCGUGGCAUAAAUUCCAUUUAUAGUCACCUAAUUCUGGUAUUACACUGCAAGUAGGGGAGUUAAACUGUCAGUAGACACACUCACAUUCCUUCCUUCUAGGUAGGCUUUAAUCACUCUCCUGACAGACAGUCCUCAGCUGUUUUUGUAAUCUCUGUAAAUAACACAAAUCUCACAAGAUCUCACUUGUCUUCCUUGUGUUAUUCUCACACUCCAUUGGAAAUCAAGUAAACAUAUCAUUGUAGCAAUGAUCUACAUCCAAAUAUCUAAAAUCAGGCCAGUCUUUACAUUAUUAUAAUUGUUAUUAGCCUUUAAAAUACUAAACAAACUAUAUACAGUGUAUUUAUACACCCUAUAAAGUAUGAUAUGCAUACAUCCGGUUAUCUCUAUUACUGACAAAUGAGUCUACAUAGCGUCUUGAAAGUAGCUAGCCCUUAAACCUAGGUCCCCCCCCCCCCAACCCUAAUUACCUGUAUUGCUACAGAUUCACAGCCCUAACCUCCUAUCAGGGAGGAUUGCAGUGGCCUUUAAAACAAAAGGCUAAUGCCUCAGCAAUCACAAAGGCAGCACGUAAAACUUUGUUUUGAUGACGAGAUUUUAAAGUGAACUUGUAAUGAAAAAUGUAAUGAAGUGAACUUGUAAUGAAAAAGUGAGGUUGGAGGCUUCACUGCCAGGCGUCACUCUGUUCCUAUACUCCCUAGCUGGCUAGAAGCUCUGACAAUCGAGUUUCCAUAGCAACCACAGCGCAUGCGUUGUGGUUGCUAUGGGUAGAGAACAGCGGCAUCUCCUGUGGGAGGUCUCUUCUGCUCUCUUGUCAGUCAAUGCCUCAGCAUUGACUGACAGCUGGGAGAAAAAUCUUUUAUCUAAUUAUAUUUAUAGAUUGCAGGUAUAUGCAAUGUAGUUGCUUAUUAUAUUUGAGAUGCAUUAUGCCAUAACUGUUUUGAGAACGUUGUGUGUGACAGUAGGGUGCUGUGGGACUUUUUUUAUAGUCCUUCUGUGCAUCCUAGAUGAUAUAUUGUUCCGGUUUCCUAAAGCUAACUCAGACGGGCCUGUGACACCAUCUGAACUAAGCUUUUAAUUUCUGCACCUUGAGCAUCAGAACAUUAACACAUGGAACCCCCUGCUGAAAUUCCACUUUUAGGGUCACCAAAUGAUGUUUUUGGCAUUAUAAAACCAACACAGCUCCAGAAAGCAAACAGCUGCUUUACUAAAGUUGAUUUUCAAAUAAAAAAAAAUGUGAAUGUAUGCAUUGUGUGGAAUGUCUGUAAAUCCCAUCCAUGCGAACCUAUUUAGUUUUCUAGACAUUUUGGUCUCUUUUAAGACUGUUAGCAUAGACUAGGAAGUAUUUGAAUUUCCUCUAAUGAUUCUCUGAGCCUUGCGUCUGUCACUGUUUUUUAUUACGUUGUGUAGCUAAAUCUAUUCAUAAAAGUAUAAGGUCUGUAUAUUUGACAGCUUUGCAAGUAACUAUUGCAUGAAAUCUCCCUCAACGCAAGAGCAAACAAUCGACUGCUUAGACAGUCCUACUCCCCUGGCAGACACCUGAAUAAAGCCCCAUUUUAUAAGAAGCUCAGGAGAAACCAAACUAAGGUUAUACCAUGGAUUGGACAUGACGGAAACCUGGCAUGUAAGCACGAGCAUUAAAACAUGUCUGGGCAAGAGAAUGUCAUCUGCAAAACACAACAGUUAGUUAGGGAUAUGUUAUAAUGUGAAGGACUCACUUGAGAAUAAAAGGAUGCACCAAUUUGAUCUGAGUUUUGCUAGCAUAGAAAAAUAAUUUUCUAUUCUUUGGAAGCGACACUAAGUUAUUUAAUUUCUUAAAUAAGAGCAAAUGUCUGUUAAAUGGACACUCCAGCCCCAUAAAGGUCUCCAGCUUGCUGGAAUGCUUUAUGCGUGAAGCCUCCCUUUUUUUUUUUUUUUUUUUUUUCAUGUUAAUUUUAAAAUAUAUAUGAUUUUUUUAAAAUUUAUUUUAGAUUUCAAUAGAAAUUGGCAUUUUUAUAAAUUAACCUUGUUAUACCCCCUGGCUGUUAAUCAGACAUCCUGUCCUGUUACUUCCUGGUUUCAUUAGCUCAGUGGAGCUAAACUCAAGAUGCAGCAAUUGCCCAGAGCACCUACCUUGCAAAACCUUCUCAUUGAGCAGCAUUGGGAAGUCUAUGAUUGGACAGCCACAAAAAAAGUCUGGGCGCAUUUAAAAGGGGAGGGAUUACAAAUGCUUCGGACAAGAGAACUCGAGCUUAUGCAAUCUGUUUUUAGAUAUACGCGCUAUGAAAACGUGCAUGAUUAAAUUAUUAAAGGUUGGGAAGUAUGUUGUGGUUUAGAAAUAUACCCCUCUCUGUCUCAUUAGAGACAGCCACUGUCGGAAGAUUUAGAGCUGCAAUGUAAAUAUUGCAGUUUCCUGGAUGUUUAACAUUGCAGCACUAAGUGCAAAAGGGACACAGCACCCAGACCACUUCAAUUAGCUUAAGUGGUCUGGGUGCCUACGGUGUCCCUUUAAUAUUUUUAUCUUAGCUGUGAUCUUUCCAUUAUAAAAUAUAGCUGUCAUUAUUGUAUUUCUGUUUGGCUGUUUUUCACUCUCUACAAUCCAUCUUGGAAUGAUUUUAUAUGUGCAACCUUCUAUUUCUAGUUAUUUUUUUUUAAUUUUAUUUUCUGGUGCCUGUGUAAGUACCUGGAAAAAAACACACAGACCCAGAAUAUACACUCCUAGAAGCACUGUGGCUAUCAUUGGCACUAGCAAUAUUUCUGAACUAUGCAUCUCAUGAUGUUCUGUAACUCAGCAGGUUGACUGAUAUUUAGUGGAUUGCUUUUCUCAAACAUCUGCAAUGCCAGGUUUGGAAAUCAUUGAUACACGUAACAAAGCGUAUCUAUAAACAUUGACGUGACCGGUGAAGGUUGCUAUGGUAAAUCAUUCUAUUUUAUAUAUUUAUUAUCUAUGUGUAUGCAGACAUGUUGUCAUUUACUUAAUAUAUAUGUUUAGUGAUUUAAAACUUGAAGUAAAAAUAAGUACAUUUUUUAUGUUCCAUAGAUUGUGAAAUUGGCUAUAUAUGGAAUGCUACCGAAAAACCUGCACAGACGAACAAUGAUGCAACGAUUGCACCUCUUUCCUGAGAACGUAAGUGUAUUGUUGGACUUGUGAUGUUGGGUUAAGGUAGACCCUCCCUCUUUUUUGGUCUUAUCGGUGUGCAGAUUGUUUAAAAAAUGGACUUGUACUUGUAUGUAGAUAGCUAAGCAUUUUACUUAUAUAACGGUAGAUGGUGAGAUUGAAACACAAUGUUUAGGCUAUUUAUUGGCAUUAUUUUAAAGGGACAUAUUGGGCACCAUAACAACUUCAUUUUAGGGGAUUAAAGUGUUUCUGAAUGGUUUAACCCCAGCUCAUUCCCUGUUUGAAUGAGGAUGCCUUAGACGUAGCGCCGUUUAAUGACUGAGAGCGUUAGCGGAUAAUCUCCACCUGCCACUGGCUUCCCAUUGAUAUAACUGCAUGUGAAAGAUAUGCAAGUAUUUAUUUUAAACUAAACAGUAGUGAUGUCGCAAACUUGCGGCGAACUCCGGUCAGCUGACACAUCCCUGCCAAUCUCCGGCAGAGCCUCCCUACCAGACCCUCCCACCUCCUGGACAGCAUCCAUGUUGAAGCUGCCUUCAACAUGGAUGCUGUCCAGGAAGUAGGAGGGUCUGGGAGGGAGGGUCUGCCGGAGAUUGGCAGGGAUGUGUCAGCUGACCGGAGUUCGCCACAACGGUUCGUGGCAAGUUCGCGAACGGUUCGCGACAUCACUACUAAACAGUUGUUGGAAGUUUCAACAGGACAAUGUUUAGAUUGCAUCUGUACCAAUGUGAACCCGAAAUUCUCUUCACAUGAUUUUGUGGGUUGUAGCCUUCAUCAGGAUAUAAAUGAUGUACAUAGCAGUAGCUCAGGGGCACACACAUGUAAUUUGAAUUUAAUUAUGCAUUUAUAAGUGGUAACACAUAGUAAAACAAAACAUUUUCCAUAUACUUCAUUGUUAAUCAAGUCUCCAUUUCACUGGAAAACACGCCACUACAGGAAACAAUUAAUUUUGUUGGUUAAUUAUAAAAUUGGGAUCACGAAGACCAGUUUAAUAUUAAACUGGGGGACGAUAUCAUAGGACUUAAGGCAACAUACACACUACAGCGAACCACAAUGAUUGUUUCUUUAUAAAGGGACACUAUAAGCACCAACACUGCUGCAUUCACUGUAGUGGAUUGGUGCAUAUGUGCUGUCCUUUAUUUCUUACAAUUUAACACAUUGUUGUUUGUCAAACACAUGGCUCCAGUUUUUGACACCGGGGCCCCAUGGUUUCUAGUUAUGCCUCUGCUUGCAAGGAUUGUAUUUUCACAUAUAUUCAUAGCAGCUACCAAAUAUUCAAAAUAAAAAUUUAAUUAUAUAUAUGUAAAAUAAGUUGAUAAUGAGGCAAUAGUCUGCAAUAUAUGCCUGACUUUUUGAAAAAGACUGUUAAAGAAAGGCAUCUUAUUUAAUACAUAAAUAUAUAUAUAUAUAUAUAUAUAUACUUUUUGCUUAAAAAUCAAUACAAGAUUUAUGUUCACGUACUGUGAAUUUUUAUAAGGAAUUAGAUCAUUCUAUGUCUGUUGUGAUUUUUCUUGACAUGUCAUUAAAAAUAGAGGUCAUGUAUGUUUAAUUCCCUCAUUUUUCUUUUUCCCCCUUUUUUCUCUGUAUUAUUGUUUAUUUUAUUGUUAGAAUUUUUUGUUAUUAUAUUAUUAAUAUCCAUGCAAUGUUUGAUUAUUAUAAUUUUGUUAAAAAUUUUAAAUGUAAAUAAAACUAUUGGGGGAAAAAAAAACCUGAUUCUUCUCCUAGAGAAGUAAUGAAUUCAGCACGUCUCUUUGAGAAGACUCCAGUAUUUCUGCAUUAUAUUUAAAGGAACACCAUAGGCACCCAGCCCACUUCAGCUCAUUAUUAUUAUUGCCAUUUAUAUAGCGCCAACAGGUUCGGUAGCGCUUUACAAUAUUAUGAGAGGUGGGAUUUAACUAUAAAUAGGACAAUUACAAGAAAACUUACAGGAACGAUAGGUUGAAGAGGACCCUGCUCAAACGAGCUUACAGUCUAUAGGAGGUGGGGUUUAAUUCAUAUUAGGACAGGAAAUAGUAAUCAAAUAAGCAAUCAUUAAAGGACCACUAUAGUGCCAGGAAAACAUACUCGUUUUCCUGGCACUAUAGUGCCCUGAGGGUGCCCCCACCCUCAGGGACCCCCUCCCGCCCGGCUCUGGAAGGGGGUAAAAACUUACCUUUUUCCAGCGCUGGGCGGAGAGCUCUCCUCCUCCUCUCCUCCUCUCCUCCGCUGAAUGCGCGCGCGGCAAGAGCUGCGCGCAGGUAAAGCAUUUACUGCCCUAUGACGCUAGCGUGCUCUCACUGUGAUUUUCACAGUGAGAAGCAGCGCCUCUAGUGGCUGUCAAUGAGACAGCCACUAGAGGAUUAGGGGGAAGGCUUAACCCAUUCAUAAUUAUAGCAGUUUCUCUGAAACUGCUAUAAUUAUGAAAAAAUGGGUUAACCCUAGCUGGACCUGGCACCCAGACCACUUCAUUAAGCUGAAGUGGUCUGGGUGCCUAGAGUGGUCCUUUAAAGUGGUCUGGGUGCACUGUCCCUAUUGCACUUAGUGCUGCCAUGUAAAACAUUGCAGGUCCAGAGAAACUCUGUUUACAUUGCAGCACUAAGACAGCCUCUAGUCUAGUGGCUGUCUACCAGACAACCACCAGAGUCACUUUCGGGAUUUUAUCGGACUCUGUGUCGCCUUACUGACACUGGACGUUCUCACGAUCUGCAUGAGGACAUCCAUCAUCAGUAAAAGAAAGCUCUGGGGGACCAUGUGCAUUGGGUCGUCCCCAUUUCCCCACCCCUUUGAUGAAGUCUGAAGAGGCGGCGCAAGAACCACUCUGUGACCACUCUGUUCUGCAGCUAGCUCUGCCCCCCUAGAUUUAGUAAUUUGAUUAGACUAUUAUGUCAAUAUAAAUCAUACUUUCAAUGUUAUCCCCUUUUUGUUAAUUUUGGCUGCUAACCAAUCUGAGAUAUUUUGAUAUUGAUGGCUGAUUGUAUUCUGCUAUCAGUAUUUUUCAUACUGUCUUAAAGAAACACUCUAGUCUCAAAAAAGUGCAAGUUUUCCCAGAUGAUGCUAGUUUUUUUUUUUUUUUUUAAUGUUCCAAAAAUAUGUUUACCUAAGAACCAUAACAACUUUGUAUAAUUGCAAAAGAUACAGUUAAAUAAGGCUGACCUGUAUUUGCUAAAAUCUCUGCAGCUACAAGCCUGACCCUGGAGCCUAGAACUCAAAUAAAGGACGCAGUCUCAUAUUUGUUCAAUUUGUUCAUGCAACUAGGAUGAACCUCUCUCCUUCCUUAGACAAUAGUGCGCGCAUGCAAGAAUAGCGGCUCUGAUUAUUGCUAAACAAAACCUUGACCUGGGCUGCCCAUAAACAGCUCGCAGCCGCAGUACAUUGGAGUGGAACUGUAGCUAGAGGACAAAUUAGCUGUCCCUUAAACCUCGUUGAAAAAAGGAACACUGCCUAAAGGAUAUAAAUAUGAGUAUAAAAAGAUAAACUUUAAUAGUGAACGAGAUACAAAGUGAUUAUUUUGCACAUUCACUCUUGGUACGUCUAGGUAUUUGCAUACAGAGGCAUCAAGAGAUAUUUAUGCAGAAUUGUAAGAUUUAAAAGGACAAACAACACUUGAUUCAGUGAAGAUGUCGUCAGCAAAUGUCAAUUGUAUCUACUGCAACAGUUGUCUCGUGUUACAGUUAGUAUAGAGUAUUCUGUUACAAUGGAUCAAACUCUAACAGAUAUAUACUGUCUGCAGCUGCAGUUUCUACAGAAUACUCUUUUACAAAAAUUUAAAAACGAAAAUUAGCCACUAAAAUCGUUUUGACAACACAAGGACAUAUACUGUCUAAUGUUUUUGCCUAGAAGUAUGUUGUAGUUAGGAUAUAUAUCCUUUACUUGAGAGAGCACCUACUCUGGUUGGUUACUAAUAUAUCACCCCAGUGAUGUUGUACCAUGAAAAAGUAGAUAAGAAGAAAUAGUUACUGUGCCUUCAAGGGCACCUACCAGAUAGGAGGGCUAACUACAGGUAAUAGAGAAAGGAAAGAGGGAGAAAAAAUAUAUAUAUAUAUGUAAAUGUCCUUUCAGUUAUAACUGUGCCUUCAAGGGCACCUCUCUAGUAUACAAACUAACUAACUAGCGUUAAAUAGCUGUAGUCACGGUGGAUAUAAUGUGUUGUCUGCUACACAUUAUCUAGUGUCACUGCGCUGAAAGCGCUUAAAAGAAUGGAGCCACAGAAAUUAUAUGCGGCUAAAUCCUAGAAUCCCUCCCAAAGUACACCAAAAGCUAGUAUAGCUAUUAGUUCCAAUAAGGAUGUCCAGAGAUGAUUGCUGCAAGUGCAUAGAAUGUGAUGCUGGGAAGGAUCAGAAAAACCCCAACGCACGUUUCGCCGGUAAGGCGGCUUUUCAAGUCCCUUAAACCUCUGCUGGAUCUUAUGGUCUUAGAUCAGACCACAACUACCGGAGCCACAGGUUCCUGAUUCGCAGAGCCCUUACAUGGUUAUGGAGCAGCCGGCCAAAUGCAGCACUUGUCUGUGCAAAAGUUCUAGGUAAGUAUUUUAUUUCUUGCAUUAUUAUUAUUAUUAUUAUUGUUAUUAUUUUCAACUUAAAAAAAAUAAUAAUAAAGAAAAGAAUUAUGUUUGCCUUUAGUUCCUACUUUUUUUGUUUAUUGAUUAUUCACGCACUGAUCACCUUUGUGCUUCUCAUUGUUUAAAAAGUAAAUGGAUGCACUAGUGCAAAUAAAUGUAAGCUCCUUUCUAUUUGCUCUCUUUAUUUUGACACGCCACUUUGACAUUAGCAGUGCAGCAUGAGAGUAGCUAGGGUGUAUGCACUGGGAGAGACCUAAACUGUAGUGGGUUUUGGUGCAUAACGCACUCCAUUAAAGAAUUGCUCAUGCUAAAAUAAUCUGUGGUGAUCCACAGACAACCUCAUUAUUUGCCUCGCAGUUCUUUUUUGUAUAACAUUUGUAUUGUUGGUGAAUUUAACUUUUUUCUUUCAUUUUUUUUUUUCUUUCUAGGAUAUUCCUGAAGAAAUUCUGAAGAAUCUUGUUACAGAAAUCCAGCAACCGAGGAAAAUUCCCAAGAGACUGGAUGAAUACUCCAGGGAGGAAGUUGAAGCAUUUCCCAGACUUUGGACUCCGUAAGUGUGCAUAUAUUGUUAUACUUAUUAUUAUGAUAUUUAUAUAGCGCCAUCAAAUUCCACAGCACUUUACAAUGUGUGGACGAACAGACAGUAGUAACCAGACAAGUUGGACACACAGGAACAGAGGGGUUGAGGGCCCUGCUCAAUGAGCUUACAUGCUAGAGGGAGUGGGGUAAAAUGACACAAAAAUGUAAGGAUAGUAUUAGACUAGUGACAGUUGCAGAAGAGGAGUCAGUCAGGAGCUAUUAACAGUUUAAUUGAUACGCUUUUAUGAAGAAGUGGGUUUUUAAAGAUUUUUUUGAAGGAGUGGAGACUGGGUGAGCAUCUAACGGAGGAGGGAAGCGAGUUCCACAGGAACGGUGCAGCCCUCGAGAAAUCUUGAAGGCGAGCAUCAGAGGUGGGAGUACGGACAGAAGACAGACGUAAGUCUGCAGCAGAUCGUAAGGGCCUAGAUGGGACAUACUUGUGUAUAAGGGAGGUUAGGUAGGUGGGGGCAGGAUUAUGUAGAGAUUUGAAAGCAAGAACCAGAAUUUUAAAUUGAGCUCUAUAUUUUAUUGGAAGCCAAUGUAGGGACUGACAGAAGGGUGAGGCAUGGCAGGUGCGGGCGGACAGGAAGAUGAGCCUCGCCGCCACAUUCAUUAUGGACUGUAACGGCGCAAGUUGGGAGCACGUAAGACCACUGGGAAGCGGAUUACAGUAGUGAAGGCGAGAAAGGACAGUGUAAUGGACCAACACAUUAGUCGCAUCUGGCGUUAAGUAGGGGCGGAUGCGCACAAUGUUUUUGAGAUGGAAAUGACAGGUAUUGGCAAUAGAAUGAACAUGAGGCUUGAAGGAGAGGUUGGAGUCAAAGAGAACACCUAGGCAGCGAGCCUGCAUGGUGGAACUGAUGGUAGCACCGUGGACUUGGAGGGAGGGAGACACAGGAGUAACAACACUUGAGGGAGGAAAGACCAGAAUUUCAGUUUUGGUCAAGUUUAGUUUAAGGAAGUGGGCAGCCAUCCAGUUAGAAAUAGCAGAGAGGCAGUCAGAGACACUAGUCAAGAGAGAUCAGGAGAGGACCGGUAGAUUUGCGUGUCAUCUGCAUAGAAAUGAUAUUGGAAGCCAAAGGAGCUAAUGAGUUUACCAAGGGAGGCAGUAUAGAUGGAGAACAGUAGGGGACCAAGGACUGAACCUUUGGGGACACCAACAGAGAGGAGUUGGGGAGAAGAAGCAGAGCCAGAGAAAGAAACACUGAAAGAGCGCUGGGAGAGGUAGGAGGAGCACCAGGAGAGCAAUAUCUUGUAGACCGAUAUUGCGGAGGAUGAGAAGAAACUGUUGAUGAUCAACAGUGUCAAAAGCCGCAGACAGGUCAAGGAGAAUUAGGAUAGAGUAGUGACCACGAGAUUUUGCAGCGAGUAGAUCAUUGGAUACUUUGGUCAGUGCUGUUUUCACAGAGUGCUUAGCACAGAAACCAGACUGAAGCGGGUCUAGCAGAUAGUUGGACUCGAGGAAGUCUGUUAAUCUCGCAUACACAAUUCUUUCAAGGAUCUUGGAUGCAAAAGGCAGUAGUGAGAUAGGACGAUAGUUGGAUGGGGAGUUAGGGUCAAGAUUGGGCUUCUUUAGAAAUAUAUUAUCUAUAACAACAUUUAAAUGGUCUUUACUCCGGAAAAUAAAAACAGACAUAUUGGUGACCUUUAUUCCAUCACAUUUUUGACUUUAUAUCCUCACAUUUUGGCUUUUUAUUUGGAAAUAAAACCAGAUACAGAAAAAUGGUGAUUUAACAUUUCUUUUAAAUGCCAGCUUUUCUACUUAAUUUCUAGAUAAUGUUUCUGUUUUAGAGUUUAUGUAGUAAAUGUAUAACAAGUUUUUUAUUUUAUUUUUUAUUUGAUCAACAGUGGGGGUAUGUUUAUAUGCUUGUGCUUUAUCUAAUAAACUAAUGUGUAACAUCUACAGAUCACAGAUCAUGAGAAAGAAAAUUUAAAACUCUUCCAAGCAUACUCAAUUAUACUGAAAGACUGCUUUGAUCAACAAUCCUUAAAUGUAAUACAGCAGUUUGCAAGUGUGUGCACACAGCAUUAUCCCUCUUAACAGAUCCAGACCACAUUUCUCUAGGCAUCCUUUGGAGCUAGCCUAGCGUGCUAUUUUAAAGAUAUCAUUUGAGUUGAAGUGUAGGUUAGGAUCUAAGUGAAGCAACUGUUUAGCAGCAUAAAGUGUUUCAACUUCUUGGGUCUCAUCUACAUUACAUUGGCAACACUCAUUUAAAACACUGUUUAGUAGACAAGUCUACUACAACAAAAUAUACUCAGUAUUGUCAAUUUAGAUUUCUGACCUACAUUUAUGAUGAUGUUCAUACACUAUAACAGCUUCCACUCUUCUGGGAAGACUUUCCUCAAGAUUUUGGAGUGUUUCUGUGGGAUUUUUUUGCCCAUUCGUCCAGUAGAGCAUUUGUGAGGUCAGGCACUGAUGUUGGAGGAGAAGACCUGGUCGCAAUCUCCGUCCCAGUUCAUCCGAAAAGUGUUUGAUGUGGUUGAGGUCACUGCUCUGUGCGGGCCAGUCCACAAACUGAUCAAACAGUUAUGGAUCUUUGUGCACUGGGGCACAGUCAUACUGGAACAGAAAAGGGCCCUUCCCAAACUGUUCCCACAAACUUGGAAGAAUGGCAUUGUUCAAAAUGUCUUAGUUUGCCAAAGCAUUAAGAUUUCCAUUCACUGCAUGGAAGGUGCCUAGCUCAACCCCUGAAAAACAGCACCGUAUUAUUAUCCUUCCUCCACCAGACUUUACAGUUGGCUCAAUACAGUUAGUCGGUAACGUUCUCCUGGCAUCCGCCAAACUCACUCGCCCAUCAGACUGCUAAACAGAGGAGCGUAAUUCAUCAUUCCGCCGUACACGUUUCCACACUUCCCGAGUUCUUUACACCACUCAAUUCACCACUUGGCAUUGUACUUCGUGAUUUGAGGCUUGCAUGCAGCUGCUUGAGGGUGAGACCUAACAUAUGUUAAGUGAUACAUGAUGAGUAGGGAUGCACCGAAAUUUCAGCUGCCGAAAUUUUCGGCCAAAAAUGGGCCUAUCCUGUUUUGGCCGAAAACUGGUCAUAUUUGCUGAAAUCUCCUGGAACACUGUCUCUCUUCACACCAAGAUACAGAGAAAGAUAGACAGUGUCACCACAGUACACACCUGUUAAAGUGAUCUGAACCUGUCCUAUGGGGCUCAGAAAAAUGUGAGUGUACCAAUAUAGAACUAUAUUGACUGUAUGAUAUUGGUUAUAUUGCACCAUAAAAGUGUUUAUUUUAGGUUAUUUCUACCUUACCCAUAUAGUAAGGGGUAAGUGAUUUAAUUUAUAGUGCUUCACAGUUUGACUGGAGUGGGUGUAUAUGCCACACAGUUGAUGUUUUAUUGUACAUAUUGUUGUGAAUGUGAUAGACAUUCACACAAAGGUGGCAGCAGCUUAUUAUUCAAUAAUUUUCUGUUCACAUUCAAAUUAAGCGCCUGAUAAACAAAUAUACAUCUUUCAUGGAGCAUUAUUUAGUUUACAUUUUUUUUCUAUACUGUAUGAAAAGUAAAACAAAAAAGCUUGAAAAUAAAACAUUUAUACAGCCCUAGUGCUAAUGCCAAAUAUAAAUCAAAUCAAUCAUCUUUAUCCAUCUCUCCCACUGUGUUGCCUUAAACGCAACAAGUGUGUGUGGGUGGGGAUUCUGUAAAAUUAAUCCAUCAAAAUUCUUGCUUCAUACACCAGUAAUAAUGGGGCAGGUGGCAUGGAGCAUUAACUUUGUACGGAAUAAUUCUAGAGGUCCUUGUGUUCUCCUUGCAUCUGCAGGUUGCAUAUGCAGUAGGACCAUUGAUUUCAAGUGUGUGUGGUGUGUUUUUGUAUGUGCUUACUGCUUAAAGAUCUCCAAGGCAUUAACCCGUCUUAAACACUGGAGUGAAACCUCAAAGCAUUGAUAUAAGAAUCUCUGACAUCUGAAACUCAGGCAGUCUGCAGGCAGGCCAUGAAUCACAAUGUGUGGUUAAUCCAAUGUAAUAAGUACAUUCUGUGCAUUUAUUUCCCUAUUACUUGCUUAGUUCCCUUUGUCCUCGCUUGCCAAAGCUUUCCGGUCUGCAAUGGGGUCCUUCUAUAAAGAUCUCUUUAUAUUGUAUCCCCAUGUUCUCUUGCAAUCAUUGUUUAUCCAGGAUCUCUUGGUCCUCGGUGUCCAUGUUUGGAGUAUGAAUGUGCUAUGUAUUUAAGUUCCCUUCUUAAAAUCAUCAAUAGAAAUGAAUCGCAACCCUCCAUUUCCAGAACUUUCAAUGUGUUUAGGAGUGUUAAGUAAUCAUAAAAGAAUGCUUUGAAGUCAAAUGGAAAUGUAGAACUCCAUCUCCGGUGGGAAGCUUUGUCACGCCUACUGUAGCAUUGACGUCCUGUGAAAUAAGGACAUAGGGAUAUUUCUGGGGAAAUCAUUAUGCAGCUUUUUGGAAAUAGCCAGCCAAGCUUGAAAUUAUACAUUCUAAACCAUGAAAACCAUUUCUCUGGACGGCUCAUCUUCAUCCCUAGUAAUUGUCAAGUGCUUUAGAGAAGGAGAUCUGGUGCUAUGCGAGUCAUUUUAAUUUCAGAGAUUUUUUUUUUUUCCCUGCUUAUUCUAUUCUGCUUCUCCCUUUAAUGGGUUUUAGCAUUUCAAACACAUUUGUAGUCUACAUGCCUAUUAUAUAUUUUUAUUAGGGAUUUUUUUGUUGGUGUUUGAUUGUAGAACACAUCUUCCGAUGUCAGAUGUAUGGUCAAAGUGCUGCCUUUAAGAGUCUUUGUUUGGACCCUUAAAAUGUCUUUGCUCUGUACAAUUUAAUUGUUGAUGUCAUCGCUUACAAUGUUUGACGACCCUGUUCUACAUUCUAUUUAUUUGUAAUUUUUUUGCUUUGUUUGAUAAUUCAUAGAAACAUAUUCAUUCUGACUGUAAGUGCUACGUUCCUUUGGACUGCAAACUUUACAUAAUUAUAAACCUUUUUGCGGAUUUCUGUUAGUAAAGGCAUUGCACUGAAAUAGAAAAUAAAUCUAAAUGAGAUAUAUUUUAUGUGAUUAAAUUGCUGCCAUGCCUAAAUAGCAUGUAAGAUCCGUGCUGCAGCCAUGUAGUAUAAAAAAUUGCUCAUAAAACAACACAAGAACAGUGUUUUUGUAAUCUGCUCUAAAUCUGCCAUAGGUUUUCUGGUGCAUGUUACAAAACCAGGGUUUCAAAGUAUGUUACCAACAUUCAAUUCCAUAUGGGGUCCACGGUUAGCUAGCAAUCAAUGUGCGUUGUAGUACUAGUUUUGAUUUAUUUUGUGGUUUGUUUUUUAAAUGCUUAGUGGAAUGAGUUCUGUUCAGCCACUUGUGAGUUUUAGGGGGAAUAUUUGACUCUCAGGAAUUUUGGAAAUAUUUGAAAUGCAUUGAUAACACUUCAAUAGGUUACAUGCUGGAUAUGUUAAUGCAUGCUUGGGGCCACCACGAGCUGAUGGAUAUUUUGUUACUGUAGUAAAUAUAUAUCAUUGUGUUACAUUGUUUUUUAAUUAUAUUUUUUUACUGGUUCAGAAUUUAAAGAAGCCUUGGUCCCUUUCAAGGAAAUAAUGUUGAGCUGUAACACUUGAAAGACAGGAAGCAGAAAUUCAUGCAAAACGUUAAUAUUGUCCCUUCAACGGAUGGGAAUUUGGCUGAGCUCCUCCAAUGACCAGAGUCUUCUUGUUUAUUGAAUAUAUGCAGACUAUAAUGUUCAUUGAACAGUCUGUAAGGCUAGGUUGCCAGUGUUUCUGCCUACAUAUGUUAACAUCGAACACAUAUACCACAGAUGUUAUUAAAUAGGAGGUAAAUGCUAGAGCUUCUUUAAAGUGCCCUGAUAUUCUUAUCAGUCAUACCGAACAGCGUUUCGAUGGCCAAACAGUUAUAUUAAGGCAUGUAAUGAAGGUGUGACAGGGGAGCUACUAGAACAUAUCGAACAACAUUUCAAGUAGACAGAGUGACACUUUAAUUGUAUUGGUGUGAGUGGAGCUGUGACCAGGGGUUAGGCUGUUCUGAGAAAUUUGUGUUUACUUACCAAUAACAAUUUAUGCAUCUAAAAUGAAAUUUGGAGCAAAAAUAAUGCAAGUGCUCCACUGUUUUGCAAACAUUUCUAAAUCAGAAAUGACACAAUAUUCUAGGUUUUAUCGUGGUGAGUGUUAUACAAUCCUGAAAAUUAAGCUUUUUAAGCUCCCAGAACAGGAAAGCCUUGGCGCAUGAAGGACUUUGUCUACCAAAGAGGGACCACACAUGAGACAUAUCUAUCAAGGAAAGAGGGUUCUAAAUUCUAUAAGACAGUAUAAUACUUUAGGGUAGAUAUUUUGUAAACUAAACUCCUUUCAAAAGUUGAUGGAUUAGUUAACGGAUUAGAAACCCAAUCUUGCGGUAAUCAAGAGGCUUUUGGAUGUGUUAUUUGGAUUAAUCCCUCUACCCGACAUAAUGGGAUUCAGUGCUUAGUCUUGACAUAUAGAUGAUCAGAGGUGUUUAAUAAUCUUGCUAUCCUUUACAAUAGUAUCAAGAUAACUUGUGUGUUGAGUUGUUUUUUUUUUUUUUUUGUUUUUUUAGCAAGAAAGGUAAUUAUAAGUAAAUUAAGUCCUUGAAGUUGUAUAAUUUAGUUUGUUUAACAGUAAGAAUUACAGGAGAAUUACAUGCAUUGUUUCUAACUAAAUAUUUGAGACAAUUUAAAUCAUUUUGAUUCAAUCUAAAUGAUUGAACCUAAGUUGACUUUGUCAAUAAGCUUCCUGCUCUGGGCAGAACUAUGAUUAUUAUUUGCUGUUUUGAAGAUAAUUUCUUUUUGUAAAUUCUUGGCUUUGGCAUGACAAAAAAAGUCACAUAAGUCAUAAAAAUCUAGACUGAUUAUUUAGCUUAUUGCAAAAUGGCCCUGUUGCCUGGGGGCUAAACUAUACAUACUAUAAAGGUGUAGGGAAUAAGUUCACAUCCCAAAGACCAGAAUGAGAGUCUCAAGAUUAUCGGUUUUAUAUUUUUUGUUUUGUUUUUAUGUUUGCAUAUUUUUAUCUUACAUAUAAUAUAUUACAAAAUGGAAGUUACUUCCAGUCUUCCUUUUAAAGGAACUUUCUCAACCUUAUAAUAUGUUCAACUCAUUGACCAUGGCUCACCUUUAAAGGGAUACUCUAGUGCAGGGAAUAUAAAGCUGUAUUCCUGGCACUAUCAUUCCACCUGCCCCCCAUUGAAUCAAUGCUUUCCUAUGGGAAAAAAAUCUGACACUGGAGGUUCUCAUGCAGAGUGUGAGGACAUCCAGCGACAGAUACCGGACCAAACCAGGAAGCCCUCUAGUGGUUGGAGGCAGACUUAGUGCUGCAAUGUAAACAUUACAUUUUCUCUGGAACUGAGAUUUUUAACAUUGCUGCACUAAGGGCAAUAGGGACACUGUAUCCAGACCACUUCAAUGAGCUGAAGUGAUCUGGGUGCCUACAGUAUCCCUUAAGGAUUAAACCAUUUUGCCAAGGUUGGGGCUCGGUUGCCUGACACUGCUGCCCCAAGUUUCCUUUCUCUCUGCCUCUGCAGUAUGAGGAAGGUUAUACCGGGACGGCCACUGGUAGGAGCAGAGGAUCAGGUUUUUCUCUGAGAUAUAUCUGACCUACCCAUUGAGACAAAUAGCACAUACUAUUGUACAACAAGUGAUUGGUUGACCGCGUUAGCCUAUAAUAUGAAAACUGGUAAAAGUGUUCAGACUUGAUAUGUCUCUAUUUGAACCAGACAGGAGCUAGCUAAAAUGAAUUGUGCUACCUCCCCAUACUAUAUACUUCACAUAGUGGUGAUACUUCACUAGGAUGAGAUCAUCUCUCUGCCAUUGUGACAACCAUGGAGUUUUUGGGCAGAGGCCAUCAAAAUCUUGCUGCAUCUAUGUGAACCCCUUCAACAAAAUAAUGCUUAGAUUAAGAUAUAGAACCAUAGGCUACCCAUGAACUGGUCCAAUUUGUUUCAUUUCCUGUGUAAUAAGGUCCUGAUAAUGCCUAAUGUCUUCGUCCUAUGUUUGCUAUUCACGCUAACCACAUAGUGAAAAUGUUGUACAUAAACUUUAGAAUUCCGUUUCUUCUCAUCCUUUUAUUUAUUUGGCGGUCUAUUCACUAAAUUCCGAAUGGUGAACACACAGCAUCUGAAUGCUGCUUGGCAGUUUUAACCCAUUCAGAUUUGUAGAACAGGCAGAUUAACCUGAAUUAACACUUGCUUUUGGCUACAGUUCAGUUGUCUGUUUAAAUUAUCUGCAUUCCCCAUAUAACAUGGGUGAUUCAGCUCUUUGCAAACCAGACUAGCCUCAUUUGCUUAUUCAAAUUGCACCUAAAAUGCUAAUCCCAUAUCAUCCUAAUGCCACCACAAAACACCAUGAUCAUGUUAAGGAUACCCCAAGCCUAAAUGAUUCCCGUCCCAACAUUAGUGCGUAUUUUUGUGUAUUUUCUUAGUAGCAGUGACAUUCAGUUCCAGUCCAGCUGAUCUAUUUUGAAAUAAAUCUCACUGCAGCAAGGCGAUCCAUUCUGCUCUAAAUAAUGUAAAUAAUGAGUUCUCAGUGAACUCCGUGAAACACAAAGGACUUUUAACAACUCAAUGUAAGCGAAUUAAGCCAAAUGCAAUCAGCCAAAAAAAGCAGUUUCCUAAAGACUGCUUUUAAGUUGUAUUCUGUACUAUUUCUAACAGCUGAUUUAACAUCUGUAAAACGGUUCCUGGCAGUUUACCAGUUCCCUAUAUUUAAAGGUUAAUCGUGUCAGCAAUUUAAAAAAUGGGGAUUUACACAGAGAUGUAACACAAAUUUUGAGAAUACUUAAAAUGAACCAAAGGCGCUUUUCAGAUAUUGCUGACACCAGUAAUUUGUAUAAAAAACUAAAAACUGUAAUUACCCUAUUUACAAAUCAAUUAUAUACAAAGAAAAAGGUUUCAAGCACCAAAUUAUAGGGAACACUAUUCUAGCUGUCUGGUUGAGAACCUCAAGACAGGCUCAUUUUUGAGUUUCUAGCUAAGACAGAUGGUUAUAACGGCUAAAGGUGUGAAGAUUCCCAGAAGUCUAUACCAAAAACACAGAACGGUGAUUAUAUAGAAACUAUAGAAUGUUAAUCAUCAAGCUGACAACUUAAUUAACUUAACAGGUCCAUAAUACCUAAAUAAAGAUGGGGAUUAAAUGAAAUAGCACAGAUACGUUCAUGUAAGUAAAAAUAAAUGAAUGUUAUUUUUAUUUGCAUUUAACCCUUUAAGGACACAUGACGUGUGACAUGUCAUGAUUCCCUUUUAUUCCUGAAGUUUGGUCCUUAAGGGGUUAAUGGGCACUCUAAGCACCCUAGUUAUUAAUCUCAGUCUAGUGCUUAUGGUGGUUGAUAGCAUUGGAAGACCAGCACUAUCAAAACUAUAGCUGCUGACUAAUUUGGACCGAGUUUAAAUUAGCAACUUGGAAAUAUAUUGUAUUAUCCAAGUGGCUGUAGAGGGAGAAGGCUAUAUGUGCAGGGCAGAGCCCCUUGAUUUUUCUCAAAUUGUUCCCUGUAACUGAGCUCCUGUACUCUGACAGAGUACCUCCGCCUAAUCCGCUUACUAGGUGUUGGGGAGAGCGCCUGGAACGCUUCAGCCCCAGUUGUCAAAGCUUGACUGGGGUAUCUCUAAAACUCUUCCACCCAACCAGACUCUUCUUCCAGGCAGGUAUCGUCCCCUCUGCCUAUUCCUCUGCAGCUUUCCUUCCAGGAAGGUAUCGUCCCCUCUGCCUAUUCAUCUGCAGCGUUCCUUCCAGGCAGGUAUCGUCCCUCUGCCCAUUCCUCUGCAGCUUUCCUUCCAGGCAGGUAUCGUCCCCUCUGCCUAUUCCUCUGCAGCUUUCCUUCCAGGCAGGUAUCGUCCCCUCUGCCUAUUCCUCUGCAGCUUUCCUUCCAGGCAGGUAUCGUCCCCUCUGCCUAUUCCUCUGCAGCUUUCCUUCCAGGCAGGUAUCGUCCCAUCUGCCUAUUCCUCUGCAGCUUUCCUUCCAGGCAGGUAUCGUCCCCUCUGCCUAUUCCUCUGCAGCUUUCCUUCCACGCAGGUAUUGUCCCCUCUGCCUAUUCCUCUGCAGCUUUCCUUCCACGCAGGUAUUGUCCCCUCUGCCUAUUCCUCUGCAGCUUUCCUUCCACGCAGGUAUUGUCCCCUCUGCCUAUUCCUCUGCAGAUUUCCUUCCAGGCAGGUAUCGUCCCCUCUGCCUAUUCCUCUGCAGCUUUCCUUCCAGGCAGGUAUCGUCCCCUCUGCCUAUUCCUCUGCAGCUUUCCUUCCAGGCAGGUAUUGUCCCCUCUGCCUAUUCCUCUGCAGCUUUCCUUCCAGGCAGGUAUCGUCCCCUCUGCCUAUUCAUCUGCAGCUCUGCUCAUAGUGAUUGCUUCUGUCUUUCAUUUGUGGCUCUCAGGCUUAGCUCUCUUCAUUUGCCCCUGGGCUAGAGGGAUCGUGCAGCCAGCCAACAGGUCCGAAGAAUCUGUUACUGGGAUCCCUAAAAAUCCACACAGGACACACUGUUCCAAAAGGAACUAAUAUUCCAUACUUCAUUUUUACUCGAGACUAGCCCAUAUGCUCAUAACAUUUGCUGUGACACUUCAUUGAAAUACAAAUAUAAAAAGCAUUAGUAAACAAGCAAUUAAAAUGAAUACAUGCACUAUAUAAUACCAGUUAUGGUUUCAAACACAGUAAAAAGCAAUUAUAUAUAAUUUUCUACGUAUUUGGUUGUUCUCAUUUGCAUACAAUUCUUAUGUAAAUGAACACACAUCUAGACAGCAGAGGGAGCAGGAGAGUUAUGCAGUUACAUUGAAUAGUUUGCACAUUGAUUGCUGCUGUCACACACUGCUUUCAGGGACUCCUGGGACCAGGUCCAUAGAGAGGCCUUCAAGCCUCUCCAAAAGACCAUGGCACUCCCAAACAGUGCUGAUAAGAUGUAAAAUGCUGCCCACAUACACUUUGCACCAUAACUGAGCUGUUGUGGUUAUGGUGCUUUAACUUCUGCAAGAAGUGAGAGCUGCAGCUAGUGAAGAAAACAGCACUGUAUUCUGACUUGAAUCCUUUCCUGUUUUCAAAAUGAGUUUGUGUUUGUAAAUACUAUUAUAUUGAUGUAUUAAAUAACACAUAACUAGUUGUAAAUCGAUAUAUGAUUAGUUUGCAUGAUUUUUUUAGUUUAGUAAUUCUAUUAUUUUUUUUAUAUAUAGCUCAAUAUGUCUAAAACUGUUAUUCAGUUUUUUCCUUCUCAUCUUAAUCUUUUUUUUUUUUCUUGUAUUUUUUUGGUGGGGAGGGUUGAGAGGGGUGAAAUACUCCUAGUACCAGAUGGUUAGUUCUGAACUUCUUAAUUAUUGUAUUUAUGAAACACAUUAUCUGUUCUUCAUUCUGUAGAGCUUUUAAAAAAGGGCCAUUCUUAAAGUCCUUGUUCUGACAAAACACCUCCAUGGUUCUUUGAUGUUUCAACAACCGUUAAAAGCAAUAAAACUCCCAGCUUUGUAAUUUCCCAUAUCCACUAAUUAGCAUAAUUUAAAAAAAAUUAUAAUAUUUACUGAACUUGACAUAAUUCAAUUAGACUGACAACCGUGAUGGACUGCUGUAACUCUGGUCUGUGAAGUUAACACGAUUAACCACACUUCUUUUAACUUGAAGUCUAGAUGCAUUAAGAAAAUGCCCAAUUUUCUGUCCUUGGGGAAUUUAUUUCAUUGUUGAUAUAAUUAAGUUUUCACUAUUUAAGAAACGCGGUAAAAUAAGAACGUGCCUGCUUGUAUCUUUUCUCACGUACAUAAGAUGAAAUGUUUCAGAAUGUAUUCCAUUUGAUAUUCUGAGAAUUUGUGUAAAAAAAAAAAAAAGGUUUAUGAACUUUACAUAAUUAUUUGUGUGGCAUUUAUUUACCAUAAAUGGGACAAAUGAAUGCCACACAAAUCUAAAAUCCAUCAGUCCUGAUAACAAGGAAUAUCUGGUUGUUACUAUACAUUAUUUAUAAAGUGCCAUCACAUUCCACAGCGCUGUCCAUGGGCACUACGGUACAAGUAAAAAGACACAAUGCAAUAUAACUGAAGCAACGCAAUAUUUGACAAACAAAUACACUUGGAGAUGAGGGCCCCAGUCCAUUGGGAAAUAAAUUAAACAAUAAAAUAGUGUGUGAUAUAUAGAAAAAUGAAGUUAGUGAGAUUGACCUAGCACCUGUAAACGGUAAUAUGCUAUGAACUUGAUUUCCAUUGUGAAGAAUGCAAACAUUGAUAACAAGUCUGCUGUUCGUGACAAGGGUGUCACGACUUCUGGGACUCUCGCACCGGCGUGACCACAUAUGUUCAGUGUGGCCACGGCAAAAUAGACAAAUUAUACGCAAAAUAAAUCGCUGCACCUUCCUCUUGUGUUCCGGUCCCAAGCCGGUGUGGUGUUCUAGGAGAAGCCGUCCACUGCGGUUCCGGUUUAAAUACCAUAUAUAUCUCCUACAACAAAGAUGGCGCCGAAGAGCGUGCAACGUCAAGUCAUCAACACGCACGCACAAUUUGGGAUCAGAUCUGGAAAAAUUUAAUAAUACAAGUGGAUUUAUUUUGGCAUUAAUGGAAAUUGCUUAUUUGGCAUGUACUAAAUACAGCAAUUGAAAUACAUCCCAAACAUGGAAAAACAGUGAUGGAAAUAUUGCACCGAGUAGCCUGAUUACUUCCUUAUGGUUAUGAUCAGGAAGCCUAGCAAUUAUUGAGUGCCCAAUUCAUUCAUAUUUGAACAUACUACAGAAGAGCAUAAGGGGGCAUUAGGGUGUUCAUCCAUGAGCUAACGCUUAACAGGUUGGGGAUUAUACAGACAAUGUCAUCUUGCAUUACCAGCAACAUAGAAGACAUAGAAAUUAUUAUAUAACUGUAGCAGAGCUCCAAUACCUCGGCUGGGUAUCUCCACUGAUUCCUCCUUGUAGCUAGAAGAAGCGCUGGCUCGUGAUUAUAACUCUCCCCCCAGUAACUAGACGACACAUAGUUCUGGGAGUACAACUAUUUUUAUUAAGCCUAAUGCAGCCUUUCAUGAUAGGCUCCCCAGCAUAGGGAUCUCCAUUCAAUACACUAAGUGCCCUUCCAGGCCCCUCUGUCGCUAAACUGAUUAUCUCCCAGGCACAGAGGGCUCUUCACAAAAAACACCUAAGAAACACAAGAAAAUUGCACAGGAACCCCGGAUAGAUCUGGUCCGAACUCUCAUGUUGGCAAAAAUAGCGUCUGGAUCCAUGAAGAUAAGCCAAAUCGCCACCGGGGUAAAGUUUUGACCAGCCGUGCAUGAGGUCUAAGCCCAAAAUAGUUCCAGCACGAAUGGGGCCUUUGCCGGUCAAAUGUCGAGAGCUCCUGUGGUCAAACAAAAGGUGGCUCCCUCUGGCUCUCUGGGAGCAAUUGUUCCAUUUAGUGCCUUCAUGCCAAAUAGGGCUGGUCAGGAAGUGGGGCAAAACAGUGAGCCAAAGUGACAGGCCAUGCGAGGUAAAGUGGCUGAGUUGGAGAUCCAUGCGGUUUGCGGCAAAAUUCCGCUGGGGACCUUUUGCUACUUUGUGUGCGAAUGCCUACCUGUAAGAUGUCCACUGAAAAAGAUAUGUUUUUCUUUUUUUGAUAUUGUCCAAUAUAUUUUGCAUACAUGAAGUUUUUCAAAGCUAUGCAGUAGGUAUCUUUAAACAGCUUGGCUCAGUAACUCAAACAUAAAAAAUAUAAAUUUUUAUGUAGGAGUCACUCCUGCCAGUGUUGGCAGCCCCUUAUGCUUACCAGGUUGUGCCUUUAGGCUGCCCGUCUGACUAUAAGUCCUGACUUACUUAAAAAGUCAAUCUGAUUGAUUGGAAUUGCACAUGUAGGACAAUUAUUGACGGAAUGGCAGAUUGACGAAAGAUCUUCAUAUUUUAUUAAAUAAGGACUGAAAAUUGAAGUGUACUUUGUUGUAAAUCUUUGUAUGGAAGAAUAUUUUUUUUUUCUCUUCUACUUGAUUUUUUACCCCUUUUAACUGGGAGUUGAAUAAUUGAUAUUAAUACAAUACAUUUUAAAGAGUAAGGGGUACUUAAUAUAAAGGACUAUGUAUUUUUGUAAUAUUUUUAGAGUUCAUUUUUUCAGAGGCAUAGAUAAUGUAUUGCAUUGCAUUUUGUUUUGUAAUGGAUUUUGCAGGUUUAGUUUGUUAGAUUAAAUCGUUUAGUUCUGUUUUAAAAGCAAACCCACUUUCUAAUCUACAAAUGCCGUAGGCAUUUAGAUAAGCUUAAUAAAGAUAGUGUUCAAAAUAUCAUCUUUCUCCAACAAUUCAUUGUUUUUUUUGUAAAAUAGUAGAAUGUCAAAACCCUAAAACACGUGUUUCUAAUUAACGAGGCGAGACUGAGUGACAUUCUUACUGUUCAAGAGAUUAAAAGGAAAUGCUUGGGUAGACUUCAAAUGGAACCCAGUGACAACAAGUAGCUUGGUUUAACUGUGAUCUUUCCUUCAAAGGCAACAGAAGACAUGCUUGACUUUCUCAAAGCUUGGUUAAGCACAGAUAACAGGAAUGUAUUUGAGGCUAUGUUCAGACAUGAAUGAAAAGGAAGACAUUAAUGAAUGGUGGAGAGUCUUACAACUGGUAGUAAAAUUUGUCAAAUCCCAUCUGCUAUAUUUACAAUCAAAAUUUACCUUUGACUUGUUUAUUCAAUCAUAGGGCUUUCUCCCCAUUUGCACAGUGCGUUGCUAUAAUGUUCUUGGUUCCUCUCCCCGGGUGCUAUAUAAAAGGACAAAAAGGGGUGACUAUUGAUGAGUAGCAAAAAUUGCCGAUUAGCUUAUUGUGCUGGGCUAACAGUAAGGUGACCAAUUAGGAUUUUUUUUUCGGGGGAAAUACGUCAAUUUCCAGUUUUCCAGGAAUUCUGAUCAUGUGAAAAGUAAUAAUAUAUGUGUGUCUGUCACGGUACACUCAACUAUAUAUAUAUAUAUAUAUAUUUCAAACAAAGGUUUCAUUGCCUUAAAAUAUCCAUUUUAAGCAUUUGCCCACUCCCACCAGGUGUCAAUCGGUUGUAGAUGUCAAAGCAAGGACUGAGUGAUAGGGAAAAGGAGCGAACCUGCUCUUCUUUACAGAGACAGUCGACUAGUGAAAUGCCCAACGACCUCUGACUGUGGCCUCAAUGGGCAAGGGGUAGAAGUCAAGUGGUAAUAUGAGUUCCUAAACAAAAUAGAUAAUUUACUUAUCACUAUGAAAAGAAUAUAUUUACUGCUUUAGAAGCUGUUCUAUAUUUAGGUGUUUUGACAGGUUGACUUUAAAUUUGAGUUCUGGCCCUUGCUGUGUUUUUGCCAAUGAUCUCAUUAUAGUAAUAUUAAACGUUAACAUUUUUUUUAAUAAUUCUUUAUUUUUGUUGUGCGUAAGUUUAUAACAAUUGCUUGUGAGGUACCCCAACGGCAAUCCUCUAGCACAUUUCAAACAAUGUAACGUGAGGGUACAGGAAAAAUCUAGCACAAGUUUUUAUAUAUAGAUAUAUACGUGGUUAAGUCGAGUAGUAAACAACAUGUGUUGUGGUAGUUUAGUCUCUUCUAUGACACAAUAGCAACAAUGCAUAAUAGUAUGGUUAGGUUGUGAAUAGACAUAAGCCUACAGACAUUUGUACAGUUAUACAGUCUAGUAGGUGUAUAUACAGGCAAGCCCUCAGUUUCUCUAUAGACUUUAAACAGGCUGGGGUUGCUAUAUUAUUCCUCACCAGCUAGUAAAAUAGUGCCCAUUCGUUGAGCAUUUACAUAGUAAUAGUUAACGAUCUAACACAUGCUUAACUUAGGUCUAGAUCUAGGUUCUGAGUGGAAUCAAUUGCUUAUACAAAAUCUAUCGAUGGGUUGGGGUUUUGACUUCUCACCGAGGAAGUCGCGGGGGGGCGGGGGCAGGAGAAGGUAUAUUCUCCCCGGAGCUUGUGGUGUUCUGAGGAACAGUGACGAGACAGCAAAACAUAAAGACCUUAAAAAACAAGUAUAGGGUAAAACAGUAGGUGAGCCGGCAUGCACGGCUCGAAAGCGGAGGCAGUGUCUGAUUAAUGUAUGAAAGUCGUUGGCAACCAUUAAUGCUGUUCAAAACAGCUCUUCCUCAGCUCCUGUGGAGGACAUAUAGGAGGUCGAGGGUCUGGCAAAGUGGGCCGUUCAAGUUAAGGCUCCGCUUCUCUCAGAGUUCCUAGGAGUGAAAGAGAUUACGGACUCUGGGUUCCAUGUGUGUGACGUCGUGGGGUUCUCCCUUGUUGGGGUUGGAGCUGGCAUCCCCAGUGCCCUUAGGAAAGGUUCUGCAUCCUGUAACGAGGAGAGGCUGUGCGUGGCGCCCCCCUUGGUCACUGUCAGAGACCUUGGGAAUGUCCAUUUAUACUCGAGCUUUGCCUCUCUCAGCUGAGUUGUGACUGGGGCCAGAGAUCUGCGCCAUAGUAAUGUGUUGCGGGUCAGGUCGUGGUAAAAGGUAAUGUGAGAGUUUUCAAAUGUUAGCGGGGUCUUCCCUCUGACCGCUGUGAGAAGCUUAAUUUUGUCGGUCACGGAGUGACAUCGGAUAAUGACAUCUUGAGGGGCGUCCGUUGGUGCUUGUCUGGCUUUUCUGAUUCUGAAGCAGCCGUCCAAUACGAUUUUUUUUGCCUGGGCGGAUGGCAGAAGCGUCGCUAUGAGACGUCUGAGGUAAUGGGGUAGUUCUGAUGAGUCUAUGGUGUCUGGGAUCCCCCUUAAUUUUAGGUUAGCACGUCUAUUGCGGUCUUCUGUUUGGUCCAGUCUUGUGAUUAGGGUGGAUUGUGCGGCCUGCAUAUGGCAACAAGUGUCUUUUAUCUCUCUCACCUCUCUUUGGAGGUCUAGGAUGUCCUCCUCUGUGGCCCGCGUGCGUGCGGUCAUUGCUUGCAUUUUCAGACUUUAUUAGGUUGAUAUCUGCUGCAUGCAUUCUCCUCAUUUCCAUCAGGAGGUCGGCAAUAUCUUGUUUGGUAGCCGGGGUUUGUGUGUCUUGGCCGGCAGGUGACUCUGUGGCUUGGGGAGCGGUGGAUAUUUCUAAUCCAGCCCCAUGCUGUUCCCCCUCUUCUGGAGAGGCUGGUGUGCGUUCCGCCGGGGUCGCCAUCUUGGGCGCCAUGGGCCUCUGCAGCAUGUCGCCGAUAUCUUGGGUGCCUCUGCCGGCGGUUGGUGGAGGCUUUUGGGACCUGCGACCCAUUGUGUAGCCGUCCGGUUCCGCGGGAUCCUUUAGGAGGUUGGUGUCGUGUCGAGUGUCGAAUGCUGCGGCCUCCGUCGCGUACCUUGCGGUUUGGAGUGUCAGGUAGGCCCCAGAUUUUCGCCGGGUCUUUUUACCCGUUUGCGGGAACUGGAACGGCAUUCGUCUGUACCGCGGGUUCCAGGGGUACUCGGGUGGGUGUUUGAGUCGUCGGAUGACACCCUGGUACCUCGGAUUGAAGCGGGUUUCUGUCGAUUAGUCGGAGCUCUCUGAUAGUGCGUCCGUUCAGGUUCAGCUCCAGGCUCCGCCUCAACAUUUUAUUUUAUGUAGUGUUUAUACGCAUUAGCUAUUUGGUAAUACUGCAUGCAAAUAAAGUAUAGUGUAUGAUGCUUAAAAAGUAUAAAAAUAUUGACUUUUAAAGCAAAAAUCCCAACCCCAUCCCAACCUAAGCUCAUUUACGUUUUGUAGGGGCAUGAGUAUAUACUGUUUCUAUCAAUAGGCAGCCAAUGAUCUGCUUAGAGCUCACAACCGCCCAGCUAAACCUACCUCUUACUGCAACUCAGAGCGUAAGGAGGCAAGGGGACAGUAAUACUUGGCUAAACCAGGGUUAAACUAUUUUGUAAAAUAUUUUAACCCCUGAAGGUAAGACGGCGCUUGUACACUCCUGCAGCCAUAACAAGUUAAAUGAGCUUAAGUUGUGGGAGGUUGCAAAGUUGCUUUAAGUGCAUGUUAAAGGGACACUAUAGUCACCCAGACCACUUCAGCUCAAUGAAGUGGUCUGGGUGCCAGGUCCCUCAGGUUUUAACCCUUCAGAUGCAAACAUAGCAGUUUCAGAGAAACUGCUAUGUUUACAUUAGGGGUCAAGCCAGCCUCUAGUGGCUGUCUUCCGGCAGCCACUAGAGUCGCAUCUGCGAUGCUGGAGGCAUAUUAUGCCUGCAUCGCGCAGAGCGUCCAUAGGAAAGCAUUGAUAAAUGCUUUCCUAUGGACACUUUGAAUGCUCGCGUGGCACUUGCCGCGCAUGUGCAUUUGGCUCCUUUGACAUCGGACGGGGGAGCUGACGUCGGAGUGGGAGGAGAGGUCACCAGCGCCAAGGGAGCCCAGCGAUGGAUUAAGGUAAGCUGCUGAAGGGGUUUUAACCAGUGCCACGGAAGGGGGACCCUGAGGGUGGGGGCACCCUCAGGGCACUAUAGUGUCAGGAAAUCCGCUUUGUUUUCCUGACACUAUAGUGAUCCUUAAAAAAUACACAAAAACAUCAAAUUCAGAACUGCUAGUGAUACCAACUGAGGAAGCCGCAACUGUUGAAACGCGUUUCAGAUUCGAAGAUAUGCCUAUACUUUUGUCACUGCACUUUGUGUGUUUUUAAAUAUCAUUUGUUUACAAUAAAUUUUAUUUCCUGGAUAAUUCAAAUGUUCAAGUGUAUGUUUGGAAGGGGAACACCACCCUGGAAUUUAGUGUCUGCCUUACAAAUAGAGCCUAAAGAAAAAGGCUUUUUAAAAAGUGAGUGUAUGACCUUUCUUUAUUACUGUAGUAAUAAAGCCCAAGAAAAUCUCUGAAGAGCGGGAGUCCCCAGAUAUUAAAGACUCCACAGACCUUCAUUAUUGAGCCAUUACGUUUUUCUCAUUUUCCCAUUAUACAUCCCAUUUUUAUUAUAGACUAUCUGCACUAUGAUAUUUUUAUUUUUGAGGUUUUCUACAAGGAUAUAGAAACAUAGAAUAUGACAGCAGAUAAGAACCGUUAGGCCCAUCUAGUCUGCCCAAUUUUCUAAAUACUUUCAUUAGUGCCUGGCCUUAUCUUACAGUUAUGAUAGCCUUAUGCCUAUCCCGCGCAUGCUUAAACUCCUUUACUGUGUUAACCUCUACCACUCCAGCUGGAAGGCUAUUCCAUGCAUCCACUACCCUCUCAGUAAAGUAAUACUUCCUGAUAUUAUUAUGUUUAAACCUUUGCCCCUCUAAUUUAAGACUACGUCCUCUUGUUGUGGUAGUUUUUCUUCUUUUAAAUAUAGUCUCCUCCUUUACUGUGUUUAUUCCUUUUAUGUAUUUAAAUGUUUCUAUCAUACCCCCCCUGUCUUGUCUUUCCUCCAAGCUAUACAUGUUAAGAUCCUUUAACCUUUCCUGGUAAGUUUUAUCCUGCAAUCCAUGAACCAGUUUAGUAGCCCUUCUCUGAGAUCUGGAAAAUAUCCUUCUAGAGAUCUGGAAAAUACUGUUGGUUUGGUAUAAUUUUAUAUAUCAUGUUUUAUUAUUGUAUUUAUUAUUGUGUUUUUGGGGUAUAUGCCACUUAUAUAGAUUGAGCACAUAACACUUUUUUUUCUUUUAAAUAGUUCUUUAUUUUUUUUGGUGCAGGGUUAAACAUACAGGCAUGUAUUGGCCUCUGACAGAAUGAUUGAUUGACAUAGGAUAACAAGAGUACUGCACCUUUUUUUCUUCUUUUCUUUAAACAUUGUAGAUAUGUGCAUGUCAGGCAAAACGCUAAAUAAAGUAACAGGUAACCGGUAAUCUGAACUGCACAAUGAAUGUGAAGCUUAGGUGUAGAAAAUAAUAAUGAUGAACAUUACACAGUGCAUGUAAGUGGUUACUAAUGAUGCCAUAAGGCAUGUCCUAGCAUAGGUGGUGAUUACAGCAGGAAUUAUACUAAGAAAAGUAUGGAGCAUAAGAGAAGUAUCAUGCUAUAGAUGCCACUGGAUGCAAGUAAUUAGGCUACAGCACACAUUUUAUGUGAGGAGAUUAGUAGAGUAGAACAAAAAUUAUAAUAAAGCAAUAUUAAACUACCAUAUAUACUCGAGUAUAAGCAGAGGCCCCUAAUUUUACUACAAAAAACUGGGAAAACUUAUUGACUCGAGUAUAAGCCUAGGGUGGGAAAUGCAGCAGCUACUGGUAAAUUUAUAAAUUAAAUUAGAUCCCAAUAAAAUUACAUUAAUUGAAUAUUUAUUUACAGUGUUUGUGUAUAUAAUGAAUGCAGAGUGUGUGUUUGUGUGUGUAUAUAAUGAAUGCAGAGUGUGUGUAUAUAUAAUGAAUGCAGUUUGUGUGUUGUGUGUGUGUGUGUAUAUAAUCCAGUGUGUGUGUUUGUGCAGUGUGUGUAAACUGGAUGAUGGGAGGGCAUUUUUAUUUUAAUUUUUUUAAUUGUAUUAUAUUAUUUUAAUAUUAUUAUUAUAUUAUUAUAUUAUUUUAAUAUUAUAUUAUUUUAAUAAUAUUAUUAUUAUUUUAAUAUUUGUAUUAUUGUCCCCCCUCCCUGCUUGUUGCCUGUUCAGGGAGGGGGGGACAAAAAAACAUUUAAAAAAAAAAUGCAAAUAUUUAAAUAAUAAUAAUAUAAUAAUAUUAUUUUAUUAUUAUUAAAAUAAUAUUAAAUCCCUGGUGGUCCAGUGGCAUUGGCAGUUCAGUGGGGGGGCUGGCAGUGAGCUCUUGCUUACCUUCCUGCAGCUCCUGUCAGCUCCCUCCUCCUCCGUGCAGCUCCCCGGUCAGCUCCGUUCUGCUCACAGUGUAAGUCUCGCGAGACCCGCAUGUAAAUUGCCAUAAUACAGACUGACUUGAGUAUAAGCCGAGUUGGGGUUUUUCAGCACAAAAAAUGUGCCGAAAACCCGGCUUAUACUCUAGUAUAUACGGUAAUAAUAAGGCUGGUGUCGCUGUAGAGAUUGCCUGUAGCCCACUCAGAGGGGGAGGAACAGUCACUUGUCAACUGGAGUCCAGCAAUCUUGAGAGGGUCACCACACCAGACCCCAGCCGCAGCAUGCUCUGACAGGAGGUACCCUGGAGACCGAUCCAGACCAGUUGCUGACGGUGUGACUUGUGAUCUCUCUGGUUCAAACUUCCGGCACUGCUUAUUCGGAGACCUCCUUCCGUGUGAGAAUUGCUGAUGGGGACCGCCCCAGGCAGCCCGUGAUCCAGGAAUGUAGCAGCUGGCUUGAAAUUCAGACCGUCUGGUCCUGUAUGCCGGACGCGGCUUCUGUCACAUGGGAGAGGCUGCUUCGGUCAGCAGUUGGGACCCAUAAGUUCUCUCCUUGGCACUGAGGGGCAGGAGGUGUUUUGCGGUUUCGCAGUUGUGCCCAAAAUCGUGCACACAAGUUGUUGAAUGCUUGUAGAAGCAGGUCCACCAGGGUAAUAGGCCACAGCAUUGCGGCCAUCUUGAGUGGUAGGCCUCAGUCCUCCUGGUCGAUUAGAAGUACAAUGCCUUGUUGAGCAGGCCACAAGAGUUCUCCAGUGGGGACCGAGAUAUCCCCCACCAGUCCAAAGGUGGGGGGAACGGGACCCAGGUGCAGACUGUCGUCGAACUAGUGUAGAGGAGCGGCCGCCUCCCCCACCUCCAGUGUGUCAGCAGGCCUCAGAGACGACUAGCACGGACUGUAUUCAGCAGAUCCAGACCAAAGCAGGUCCAACAAACUAUAUAUUAUUCCCUGGGUGAAUAAGUAGGAUUUGAGAAGAAAUAGUGAAAAGUCUAUUAGUAGGCGUAAUAAGAGGUUGUCUGUUAGGAGCGCCAGCCAAAUGCGACUGUCUCGAUCGGCUGGCAGGCCCCCACCCACAGAACGCUUUUUGUGAAGUUACUCCACUAAUUUAUACACGGAUUGUGUUAUGAAAGCUCUCCACUUUUUUCACUUCAAUUGUAUUACAAAGCUUUGGCAAAAAAAUUACGAUUUGGAAAAAUUCCCUAAUUUAUAGUCAUGGAUUGGAAUCAUUGGCUAAAAUUGAUUUUAAGUUUGUUUUCAGUUCAAUAACAUUCAGUGUUUAGUGAGUAAAUGUCAAUAUAUUUUUACGUACCUUUACAUGCUAUUCUUAUUACUAUUACUAAUUAAAUUCACAUGAUAUAGAGCUUCUGAAUAUAAAAAUGGUGCAAACCAUUUGACCUUUUAAAGUGAUUUGAUGAAAUAAUGUAUUACUUAUGGUGAGUAUACAAUAUAAUCUAAGACCUACAUUACAUUUUAUGUUUGGUUUAAUAUUUUAGCUUUUUUAUCUCUUGGCAAUAUAGAGGUUUGAAUUAUGGAAGCAGUCAUAGGAUAGGUGCGAUCAAAGUUGUGCAUUACUACAAUGCUCAUUGUGGUAUCCCAGAAUUUCUGUCACACAGGAUCAUGUUAGAAUUGUCAGCAUGUUAUGAGUACAUGUGUGCGUGCCCCAUAUUUUACAUUCAGACGUCCAAUAAACAUGUUAGGAAAUAAGCAUUUAUUAGCCAUGACACUAAAACUGUAUGGAUUAUAUUUUGUAACUUACUUGAAGCAGAGUUUGCACGUCACAUAUUUGUGGUUACAAACACACAUUCAUGCACAUAAAGAGUGACUUUUAUUUAAAGGGAAAAAAGUGAGAAAAUUACAAAGGAAUUCUCUGUUACAGAACACCAAGUAGCUCAAACUGUCAAUUAUCUGUCAAAUACUAUAGGGUAAUAACCAAAAAACAAACUACACCUUGUAUAAACAUUAUUUGGAGGGGCUUAAACUUCUGACCAUGAGAGUUUUGGGCCUUAAUCUAUCAAAUGCUUUAACCGGUUUUCCACAGAGAUUAGUAAUCAUUAUUAGGAUAUUAUGUUACAUGAGGUAAUACGAUCUUCAUUUCUCGAUAUAUCCAUAUUCACCUAUACAAAACAACAUGUACAGGAAGAAUAAAGGAAUGCAAUUUUGCAAAAAAAAAAUCAAAUAAUAAAAUACAUGGUUAUUAAAAUCUAAAUCACUUUGUUGAUUGAUAUUCUUAGAAACAGGAAAAUAAAAAAAGUUAGCAGAAAUAGUUCAGUACUAUAUAAAUCUGGUUCAGUUCUGACAAUACCGAGUUACACACAUAAUCCUGACCCUGCUUUUAUCAGCUAAGGUAAACCAUUUGCUCUUGGGAGAGAUGUAUAGUUAGUUAACGUUUGUUACGUUAAAACACAUGCAUCAGUGCUUCCUUUAAAUUUAUUUGUAAAAGUGUUACGGUCUCCUUAAACUAGCAAAAUAUAGUGUUGAACGAAAAUGUGCUAAAGGGAUUUGAAGUGAGCCUUAAUGCAUUACAUUUUUUUGUAAUGUGUUUUUUAAUGGAUUAACAAGGAAAGAACAAAAAUACACCUUUAAAGUUCUUUCUGCUUCUGCAAAUAUACAGCAAGCAGAAUCACCAGACCGAACCCAUUCCAGAAGAGGCUCCACCAAUAAGGAGCCUUCAUUCCUGUUCUGUUUUUUUAUAUAUCAUAAAGCCCGAUGCUUCUCCAGCAAGUGUUUAUAAUAAUGUUCGGCCUUAUACUAGUUCCACUUAGUCUGAACUGUACUGCAGAUAUCUUGUUUACAGUACCCAUCACAGUGUUGUGCAGAAAUCUCACGAGCCGCAGUAUGCUGGUGAGUGUGAUUGUUGCUUGGGUCGUUUCUUGCCUAGGAUGCCCACAUUCUAUCACAAAAAAAAAAAAAAAAAAUCCUCCUUUGUUGUAUCUUGGAGGCAGGCUUGCAGCUACAGUCACUUUUACUAAUUGCUGUAAAUUAACUUGUUAUCGUGUCUUCAGUGACCAUUUAACCUCUUUGUAUUUUAGCACUGUAAAUAGCAAGGUCAAAUUAACAUUGGGUUCUUGCAAGACCCUACAGUGAAUGCACAGUCUUUUGUUUACCUCCUGUCUACAAGGGGAUGAUGACAGCUGAGAGUUGAAUAAAUGGAGAAAAAGCUUUUUACUAAUAUACUUGAGAUAAUAAUUCUAUUAUUAGCGAAAUUUGAAUCUAUCCUUCAAAAAGGCAAAACAAAAGGUGCAAAUUGACAUCUUUCUUCUCCCUUGGAGAGAGACAAUAUCAGCCUGUCAUCAAAUCUUCCACCAUGCGUCAGCUUACUGCUCUCAGCACAUGAGCUAACCCUGCAUAGCACUGCUUCACUCAGGCAACCUGACGGGAGUUCCUGUUUAGAAACUCCCAGCUCUCUAGCAUUAGUGGAGUAGUAACAUAGAAACAUAGACUGUGACGACAGAUAAGAACCAUUCGGCCCAUCUAGUCUGCCCAAUUUUCUAAAUACUUUCAUUAGUCCCUGGCCUUAUCUUAUCCCACGCAUGCUUAAACUCCUUUACUGUGUUAACCUCUACCACUUCAACGGGAAGGCUAUUCCAUGCAUCCACUACCCUCUCAGUAAAGUAAUACUUCCUGAUAUUAGUUUUAAACCUUUGCCCCUCUAAUUUAAGACUAUGUCCUCUUGUUGUGGUAGUUUUUCUUCUUUUAAAUAUAGUCUCCUCCUUUACUGUGUUUAUUCCCUUUAUGUAUUUAAAUGUUUCUAUCAUAUCCCCCCUUUCCUCCAAGCUAUACAUGUUAAGGAAGGGAGUGGAAAAUUCACCAAACCUGAAAGACUUUACGUAAAGGGAAACUGGAGUAAAUAUAACCCCCCAUUUUUGUAAUGCAUUAAAAAUAAUACAGAAAAAGAACAAUUUGAAGUGAUUAUAGUGCUUUAAAACAGAGCAUUUAUUUGAACCACAAAAUGUAAUACUUACACACAUUUGCAGUUUGUAUUUGUUAUCAACCGUUAAUAAACUGAUUUAUAUGAGCUGCGCGUCUACAGACGUGGUGGAUGUUGAAUACGGCACCAGCAGUACUGUAUGGGUUAGGGAACUUAAUAAGUAGCUGUCUUACAUUAAAUAUAAUUAAAAAAAAGUCUGGCCCUUUCCAUAAUGACUACAUGACUCCUGUUUUUUUUUUUUUUUUUUAACGAUUUAAUCCACACUGUUAGACAUUCAUGGUUGGUGACAACAUUUUCUCCCAACCAAACUCACAUCCCCUUUCUUUGUCGGUAAAUGUUAUUUUAUAAAAUAAACUAUUUUAGCAUGUAAUUUAUGCACGUGAAAUCAAUUUAAAGCUAGUGUUAGCAUUUGUCAAACUAAAUUUAAAAAAAAAAAUACAUAUCUAUAUGUAUGUAUAACUAUGCACGUGUGUAUUUAUAAAAAAAAAACGGGGUAUUGUAUUUUUUAGUGCUUAGUUCAUAAAAUUCAUUCAACUAUGCUAUAUGAAGAGUGGCAGUCCAGGUAUUCAAAAGCCUUUCAUCUUCUGAAACCGAAUACAAUGUUUACCAGGGGUGUCUGUCAACCUGAAUUCACCUUUGGGAUAUGAAUUGCAAUGCUCUUUCAUUGAUUAGCAAAGUGUCAGAUGUAAGUGUGUUGGUCUGCUGUAUUGAGCUCCAGAAUACACUUACAAUUAGUCUAUAAAAUAAUAGUAAUUGUAAUACUAUUAAGUAUUUAUUCUAUUUAGCAUUAAAUACUGAAUAGCUAUUGAAAUACAAUAUAUAAAAAAAAAAAGAACGGAACAAUUAAAGGACCACUAUAGUGCCCUGCUGUUUUCAGUUUACACUCGGCCCAGUUUCCUGUGAGGAGGGCUAUGUACAGUCCACUGCUGGACUCUAUCAGAAAUAGACAGAAUAGUUCCGGCCAAGUUGUGUAUUCAGUGUAUGCACACAAUGUGAAAAAAAAUUUGUAUAGGCGAACCAAAAAUGAGAUGCCUUUCUGCCAUAUUAACAGCUUUGAUGAGUUCUCUCUACAAAUGGCGGCUAUUAUUAUUUUAUUAUUUAUAUAGUGCCAGCAAAUUCCGUACAGCUGUACAAUGGGGUAGGUAUGAGCCAGUUUCAGAGUUGAAAUUUAAUGCAAGGAAUGCUUUGCACCAUUUCAUUGUCAAUCAUGCAAACUUGUUAUCUUGCUUUGACUGACUUUGUAAUAAUGUGUCAACAGGCAAAUAAAAUGUAUGCAUAUAUUUAAUAACGAAUAUAUAUGUCGGAAAUCGCAAAGAAUAAUUUUUUUCUUUCAUUCGAUGAUAGUUGCCAAGAGUACAUAAAGGGUUACGGAAUAUAGUGUAAGAGACCAUCAUUGUAAAUAUUUACAUUUUCUGAUUGGCCCUGGCUUUGUAACGAGUUAAUAGAUUCUUCAGACAUGUUUUACUUUAUCUUAUUCCACCAGGAGAUCGUAAUAUAGUGUGUGAAACUUUUCACAAUUUAACUUGAAGUCCGUCCGUUCGCUUGUUAGUUUAUAUUGGCAGGAGGCAGGCUUGGCUUUCAUAAAUGUGCUGAUUUUUCCAUGUUGUUGUUGUUAGAGUGUUGAAAUGAAAUGUAAAAUUGAAACAUUUUGCUCAGAAUGCUUUCCAGCUAACUGAAAGCUUGGUUUGCUUUUGAGAAUAAGAGAGGAAGUCCGGCUGUGUAGUUCUUUGGAAUUCACCUCUUUCUUUUUUUCUUUUAAUGUUAUUUUAUCCUGCGAUCGCCCUGGUAUUCGGAGUUUCUCAUAUUUUGGAUUUUGCUAAUCUCUCGUCAGGGUACUGUAACAAUAUUAAAUAAAUAGUGAAGUAAAUGUCUGCCACUUCGAAAUGUCUCUUGUGGUCAUAUGAUUGUACAAGAUAUGAAAGAGUAUGUUUUCAGCAGGCACUUUUGGUUAGUGGAUUUUAGAGUGAUAUUUAUCCACCGGAGAGACUAGCUAUGAAACGGUACAGACUAAUGUUAUCUCAAGGGGGGAACGGCCUCUUAAUUGUUUAGUGCAGUAAUAGAAAUAUAUAAAUUGCCUGCUGAUGUACUGUUUAGUAGGUCUGCGGAAUGCUCUCCCUAACUAGGAAGAGACAUCCAGUCAGGAGUGUAUGUAGUGCCAGUUUUUAUCCCACAAAUUCCUUGCCAGCAGUUUUUUUUUUUGGAGGUUGAGUGGUCUACCUGGCGCGGUUUCCCUCAUAACAUAGGAUUAGUGGAGCUGCUCUGUAAACUGAUAUGAGCCAUACUGUGACAGCAUUCUGCUUACACGAUUAACGGCCCUGAGGGUCUGUCUUAGAGUUGCAGUGAUUUUUACAAAUUGCUGCAGUUCUUAGCUGCUUUGAAAGCUGAGAGUGAGUGCAAGAUAAUCUGUGCACCAGCCGUUAAAGUAUGCACAAUUGUGAUGUUGCUUAGAGUGACUCUUUAAACAUAAGCAAGCAAAAUCCUUUUAAAGGAGCUCUCAAGCACAGAUUACUCUCUUCAUAUUGUCUGUGUAUUAAACAUAGGUGCAAUUUCAUACCCACCAGCAUCGGCGUCCAGUGAAGCAGUAAAAGGAGGUAUGCGAAUGAAGCAAAUAGUCACUAUAUAUAGGGUGAGGUAGAGGCAAAAAAUGCCUACAAAAUUCAAAAUAUAAACAAAGAACAAGUUAGACCUGUGCUGCAGAUACUCCACACUGAAGUCCCAACAGUGUAUAUACAACCAAAAAACAAACACAAGUCCUGCACAUCCAGUAUAGGUGUGCACACCCAGGUGCUACCACAAUUUAUUUGAGGACAAAGUUAAAACAGCAAACGUUUCGAGCAGCAGCCCUUUCUCAAUGCUAAUGUGUCAACAGGCAAAUAAUGGACAUUAGCAUUGAGAAAGGGCUGCUGCUCAAAACGUUUGCUGUUUUAACUUUGUCCUCAAAUAAAUUGUGGUAGCACCUGGGCGUGCACACCUAUACUGGAUGCGCAGGACUCAUGUUUGUUUUUUGGUUGAAGCAAAUAGUCACUGAAGACUCCCAAAUGAGGUAGACCCACUCAGAAAGGGUGCAAAAAGGAAACAGAGAAUGCAUGCCAAUCAUGCAGGAGAGCCCACAUAGCACAGACCAUGCAUAAAGCACUGUUGUAGCGCUCCUUGAAUGGUCCUAGUGCACUGAGUGUAUCACGAGCGCAUAUAAUGACGCACUUUCACUCACACUAUGGUUUUUGAUGACAGAUCGAUAGUGCACCAAGGAACAACCAGGAUGACGAUAUAGAACCCUGAAAUCGGGAGGUAAUUGCUGAAAUUGGAACUGCUGGGAUUCCUGCAAUUUUAGUGUGUGUAGUGGACAUACAUGUGCUAAUGUAGUACUGACUGUAAUGUGUCUUUAUUGCUUCAAGUCCCAGGGCUAUGAUCAUCCUCCAGUGAUAGUCUCCCAAACCAGAACUUAAUUGAGAUUAUGAGAUUUUAAAAUCAAUCCAAAGUCUCAAUGUGACUAUGAGCUGUUUGCACAAAUGAUUGAAUGAAAAGCUGGUUCUUCCUAUUCCCUGCAAGGAUGGUUUCCCCCUUCCAACAACUGGAUUGUAUAGAUCAUAUAUUAUACAUGCCAGAUAUUAGCAUUUGAUCUCAAUGAUCAGACACUUGUGGACUCUAGGCAUUUUGUUGGCUGCGGCCCUGCUCUGCAUUCUCAGAGGGCAUGAAUGUAUAUACCCUUUAUAUUAUCUGCUCGACCCACUUCAGUCUGGUUUCCACUCUCAGCACUCUGUGGAAACGGCUCUGACCAAAGUAUCAAACGAUCUACUUGCUGCAAAAUCUCAUGGUCACUACUCUAUCCUAGCUCUCCUUGACCUUUCCACUGCUUUUGAUACAGCUUCUUCUCAUCCUCUGUAAUCUCAGUCUACAAGAUAUUGCUCUCUCCUGGUGCUCCUCCUACCACACCCAGCGCUCUUUUAGUGUCUCUUUAUCUGCCUCUUCCUACCAACUUCUCUCUGUUGGCGGCCCCCAAGGUUCAGUCUUUGGUCCCCUACUGUUCUCGAUCUAGACUGCCUCCCUUGGUAAACUUAUCAGCUCCUUUGGCUUACAAUAUCAAUUCUAUGUGGAUGACACACAAAUCUAUCUGUCCUCCCCUAAUCUCUUCCAGCCUCUCUUGACUAGUGUCUCUGAUUGCCUCUCUGCUAUUUCUAACUGGAUGGCUACCCACUUCCUUAAGCUCAACUUGUCCAAAACAGAACUUCUGGUCUUUCCUCCCUCAAGUGUUGCUACCCCCGUUUCUGUCUCCCUCCACCUUAAUAGUGCUACCAUCAGCUCCACCACACAGGUUUGUUGCCUAGGUGUUUUCUUCUCCGACCUCUCCUCCACCCCUCAUGUCCAGUUGAUCGCCAAACCCAGCUGCUUUCAUCUUAAAAACAUUGCGCGCAUCCGCCCCUACUUAACGCCAGAUGCGGCUACGGUGAUGGUCCAUGCCACUGUCAUUUCUCACCUUGACUACUGCAAUCCACUUCUCUGUGGUCGUACAUGUUUCCAACUUGCCCCACUGCAGUCUAUAAUGAAUGCGUCAGCGAGUAUCUUCCUGUCCUGCCCGCACCUCCCACGCCUCACCCCUCUCAGUCCCUGCAUUGGCUUCCCGUAAGAUAUAGGGCUCAAUAUAAAAUUCUGGUUCUUGCUUUCAAAUCUCUACAUAAUGCUACUCCCACCUAUCUAUCCUCCGUAAUACACACAAGUCUCGUCUAGUCCCCUACGCUCUGCCGAAGACCUGCGUCUAUCCUCUGUUCGUACUCCCACCUUUGAUGCUCGCCUUCAAGACUUCUCUAGGGCUGCACCGUUCCUGUGGAACUCCCUCCCCUUUUCCGUUAGAUGCUCACCUAGUCUCCACUCCUUAAAAAAAAAAAGCAUAUAAAUUAAACUGUUAAUGGCUCCAAAACCCCAGACUAAGUCUUUUAAUUGAAUACUAUUCUACCAAUCUACUUCCCUAAUACUUCCCUUACCUUUUAUGUCAUUUUACCCCACUCCCUCUAGCAUGUAAGCUCAUUGAGCAGGGCCCUCAACCCCUCUGUUCCUGUGCGUCAAACAUGUUAACAAUUACAUGUUUGUUAAUCCACCCAUUGUAAAGCGCUGCGGAAUUUGUUGGCGCUAUAUAAAUAUAAUAAUAAUUAUAAUACCCAUAGCAACUGUCAUAAUUGGUAUUAAGACUAUUGUUUCAGUAUAUUUUUUAGCAUUUGGCUAUUACAAUGUGUAUGUAAAAUGUCAUGUGAAGUGGCACCUUGUGUAUAUUAGGUGUUAAAAAUAAGAAAAUACUACAUCAUUAUUCAUGAUGAUUUAAAUAAACAAAAAAAAUGGUUUUAGCCCCAGUGUAUGCCUAUUACAUAUAUUGUGUCCACAUUUCUGCUUCUUAUCUUAUUUGUGAGCUGUUGCUAAUGCAAUCAUUAUUUUUAUUUCUGCAGGCCUCCAGACUUUUUAAUGAAAUAACGUAUGCAGAAGAUGCCCAGUUGUCAACGAAAAAUACCAAGGAUAAACAACGUCAAAAACCAGGCGCUACACAAUUCCUGUUCUAGACCUCAGUUAAUGUUUAUUAAAAUGCAAGCAUUUUGUGUUAAUAAAAUUUUGAAUAUGUCUAUUUGUUGUCAAGAACAUUUACUUUCCAUUCGUGAUUGAUGUUUUGGAUCCUUGAUUAACACUUUGCACAGAGGAAAUCAGCUCAUAAUUACCGACCUUCUCAAUGAGGACUUGCAUAACUACUUGUUCUGCAAUGACAAAAAAAGGUUUUGAUCUGUUUAUUAACACAAAG